AUGCGUGAAAGCGCCAUAUUUAAACUCAUUGAAGCUAUUAUUGCGGCUCAAAAGGGAGGCUUCCGGUGUCGUCACUUCCGCUAUUUGGUGUUACAAGAAAUUAGGUCCGGAAGUAGUUGUGCUGUCUCCGUAGUUCGCAGUUUUGAUUUGUGUUGUGAGCAGAGAGAUACCCACUGCAACGUUAAAAUGGGGAAAAGACAGCAUCAGAAGGAUAAAAUGUGAGUUUGGAAAGGGGUGAAAGUUUCGGAUUUUGAGGGUUCCCUUAUAAAGGAGGAGGACAUGUGCUCAGCUGUAGUAUAGCUGUGUACGUACACUGGGCUGUAGUAGUGGGUGCAUGUACAGGUUUUUUCUUCCCCCGAGUUUAAAACUUGAUAUUAGUGAUAUUAAUUUAUACUGCCCCUUUAAAGCAUAACCACUAACAUCAGUAUGGUUUAGAAAUAUUUAUGUAGAAAAUCCAGUUAUUUCUGCGUGCAUCUGUCUAUAUACAAUGAUUAUACAAAGUUUGAGUCCCAGUGCUGUGUUGGGGCUUUCUUGAGAAAAUGUUCUAAAUGUAAAAAGAAAGCCAAUAAUAAAAACAAACUGUAGUAAUUUUGAGUUUUUGUUUGGCUUGAGUAUAUCAAGAUGAAUUAUUGGCCACUACUUUAUCAGAAUAACUGAUUAUUUGCUUUGGUGUUCUACUAGAUUUGAUAACUAGUUCCUAUGUGAUGAUAAAACUCCAAGUAUCUUAACUGGCUAUGUCCCUUUUUUUCUUGCACUUUGUAGAUAGCAUCAUAAUGUAUGUUUGAUACUUUACUAAUAUUAGAAUAUGCAUAUAAUAAAUUUGCAGAAUGGGUACCACAUUUUACACUUGUAUUUUCCCACUUGGUGUAGAUUACUGUCUCUUCUUGGAUAUAUUUAUCAAUAAUAAUUCUCCUACUAUUCCAUUUUGAUCUCAUUAUGUUUUAUGCCUUUUUUUUUUUGCCAGGUACAUCACGUGUACAGAGUAUACACAUUUCUAUGGAGGAAAGAAACCAGGUAUGAUCAUUUUGUGGUCAAGUACUUUUCUAAUAAACAAAUCUAUUUAAUUGAAAAUCAAAAACAUGGACACUCAAGUGUCUGAAAUGUUAUCAUGCCUUUUUGUUGAAUGUAAUAGAGCGUACACUUUUUGUAUUGUAAAUUGAAAACAUGUGAGUUCCAAUGUGGUGGUGGUUGUUGUUUGUGUGCUUUUUUUUUGUUUGUUUUUUAAAAAUAUAUUGUAUACAUGCUAUUGGAGCACGGGGCAGAAAAAUUUAAAUCAUGUACAUUGCUGCUAAGUGUGUGCCAGUGUUUGUUUGUUAUAUAUAUAUAUAUAUAUAUAUAUAUAUAUAUAUAUAUAUAUAUAUAUAUAUAUAUAUACAUACAUACAUAAUGAGAAUGGUAUGGUAAUGUUUUUGCAACUUUAUUUCUUGAUUAUUUUAUUUAUUAAAUGGGAAAACUUCUUACAAAUUCUAGGAUAAACUAGUUGUAAUGCGUACAGUCCUGAAAAUCAGAUAGUUUAUAAAUGUAAAAUUCACCCACGAGGGGACUGUAAAUUUUUGGCCAGAAUAUCAAACGUGUGAAUUCUUGAUAACUCACAGCUUAGUGAAUAACCUUGUUAAAUAAAAAUAUUCUUACUUGAAAUGUGAGAUUGCUAUAUUAUAGUAUCUUUUAUCAAAACAUAAUGUACAGUAUCUUUACAAAAGUGAGUACACCCCUCACAAUUUUUGUUAAUAUUUUAUAUCUUUUCAUGUGACUAAAGAAAUGACUCUGCUACAAUGUAAAGUAGUAAAUGUACAGCCUGUAUAACACUGUAAAUUUGCUGUCCCCUCAAAAUAACUCCACACAUUGUCUAAACCGUUGGCAACAAAAGUGAGUGGAAAUGUCCAAAUUGGGCCCAGUGUCAAUAUUUUGUGUGGCCACCAUUAUUGUCCAGCACUGCCUUAACCCCCAUGGGCAUGGAGUUCACCAGAGCUUCACAGGUUGCCACUGGAGUCCUCUUCCACUCCUCCAUGACAACCUCAUGGAGCUUGUGGAUGUUAGAGACCUUGCACUCCCCUACCUUCCAUUUGAGGAUGCCCCACAAUGCUCAAUAGGGUUUAGGUCUGAAAACAUGCUUGGCUAGUCCAUCACCUUUUACCUUCAGCUUCCUUAGCAAGGCAGUGGUCAUCUUGGAGGUCGUUAUCAUGCUGAAAUACUGCUCUGCGGCCCCGUCUCCAUAGGCAGGAGAUCAUGCUGUGCUUCAGUAUGUUACAGUACAUGUUGGCAUGCAUGUUCCCUCAAUGAACUGUAGCUCCCCAGUGCCGGUAGCACUCAUGUAGGCAAGAAACACUUGUCUUUGUACUCCUCGCCUGGUUGCCUCUUGAUACCAUCUGAACCAAAUAAGUUUAUAUUGGUCUCAUCAGACCACAGGACAUGGUUCCUGUAAUUCAUGUCCUUCGUCUGCUUGUCUUCAGCAAAAUGUUUGCGGGCUUUCGUGUGCAUCAUCAUUAGAAGAGGCUUCCUUCUGGGACGACAGCCAUGCAGACCAAUUUGCUGCAGUGUGCGGCGUAUGGUCUGAGCACUGACAGGCUGACCCUCCCACCCCUUCAACUUCUGCAGCAAUGCUGGCAGCACUUAUACAUCUAUUUCCCAAAGACAACUUCUGGAUAUUACGCUGAGCACUUGCACUCAACUUCUUUGGUCAACCAUGGCGAGGCCUGUUCUGAUGGGACCUGUCCUGUCAAAAUGCUGUAUUGUCUUGCCCACCAAGCUGCAGCUCAGUUUCAGGGUCUUGGCAAUCUUCUUAUAGAAACAUAGAAACAUAGAAUGUGACGGCAGAUAAGAACCAUUCGGCCCAUCUAGUCUGCCCAAUUUUCUAAAUACUUUCAUUAGUCCCUAGCCUUAUCUUAUAGUUAGGAUAGCCUUAUGCCUAUCCCACGCAUGCUUAAACUCCUUUACUGUGUUAACCUCUACCACUUCAGCUGGAAGGCUAUUCCAUGCAUCCACUACCCUCUCAGUAAAGUAAUACUUCCUGAUAUUAUUUUUUAAACCUUUGUCCCUCUAAUUUAAGACUAUGUCCUCUUGUUGUGGUAGUUUUUCUUCUUUUAAAUAUAGUCUCCUCCUUUACUGUGUUGAUUCCCUUUAUAUAUUUAAAUGUUUCUAUCAUAUCCCCCCUGUCUCGUCUUUCCUCCAAGCUAUACAUGUUAAGAUCCUUUAACCUUUCCUGGUAAGUUUUAUCCCGCAAUCCAUGAACCAGUUUAGUAGCCCUUCUCUGAACCCUCUCUAAGGUAUCAAUAUCCUUCUGAAGAUACGGUCUCCAGUACUGUGUACAAUACUCCAAGUGAGGUCUCACCAGUGUUCUGUACAAUGGCAUGAGCACUUCCCUCUUUCUACUGCUAAUACCUCUCCCUAUACAACCAAGCAUUCUGCUAGCAUUUCCUGCUGCUCUAUUACAUUGUCUGCCUACCUUUAAGUCAUCAGAAAUAAUCACCCCUAAAUCCCUUUCCUCAGAUGUUGAGGUUAGGACUCUAUCAAAUAUUCUGUACUCUGCCCUUGGGUUUUUACGUCCAAGAUGCAUUAUCUUGCACUUAUCCACAUUAAAUGUCAGUUGCCACAAUUCUGACCAUUUUUCUAGUUUACCUAAAUCAUUUGUCAUUUGGCUUAUCCCUCCUGGAACAUCAACCCUGUUACAUAUCUUAGUAUCAUCAGCAAAAGACAUACCUUACCAUCAAGACCUUCUGCAAUAUCACUAAUAAAAAUAUUAAAGAGAAUGGGUCCAAGUACAGAUCCCUGAGGUACCCCACUGGUGACAAGUCCAAGCUUCGAAUAUAUUCCAUUAACUACAACCCUCUGUUGCCUGUUACUCAGCCACUGCCUUACCCAUUCAACAAUAUUUGAAUCCAAACUUAAAGAUUGCAGUUUAUUGAUAAGCCUUCUAUGUAGCCUAGAUCAUCUUUAUGUAGAGCAACCAUUCUUUAAUUUUUUUCAGAUCCUCCGUUUUUUGCCUUGAGGAGCCAUGUUGAACUUCCAGUGACCAGUAUGAGAGUGUGUGAGAGCGAUAAUGCCAAAUUUAACACAUCUGCUCCCCAUUCACGACUGAGACCUUGUAAAACUAACUAGUCACAUGACACUGGGGAGGUAAAAUGUCUAAUUGGGCUCAAUUUAGACAUUUCGACUUAGGGGUGUACUCACUUUUGUUGCCAACGGUUUAGACAUAAUUGGCUGUGUGUUAUUUGGAGGGGACGACAAAUUUACACUGUUACACAGGCUGUACACUUACUACUUUACAUUGUAUCAGUGUCAUUUCUUCAGUGUUGACACAUUUAUAAAGAUAUAAAUACGCAAUAAUUUGUGAGAUACUGUAAAUGUUUUGCUAAACAAAUGGUCUCUCCAUGCUCCUUUCACUACUAGGAUCCCACAAAAAAAAAACCUUUUUUUUUUUUUUUUUUUUUUUUAAUUUAAUUUAAUUUAAUUUUUUUGUGGGAUCCUUGCUGCUAGUAUGUGGUUGUUUUUUUUAUUUUUUAACCAUGCUUAGAGGCUGUCAUAAAUUGUAUAUAACAUGAGUGUCAAUGUGUAUUUAUUUAUUUGUUUUUCCUUGUAAUUUCGAUGGUAUUGGAUUUUUGAAAAUAACCAUCAUAAAAAAACUAAAAUCAAACUCAAAAAGCUGCGUGAUUUCAAAUGGUUGGUUCUCAAAGACUUUCAGCAAUUAAAUAGGGAACAUCUCGAAGAACAUAGAACAUGAAAUAACUGCAUAAAUGUAGGAAUAAGAGAAUAUUUGCAAGGAAUUGUAGACUGUAACUGAAACAUGAAAAAUGUGUUUAGCAGUCUAGUAUCCAUUUAUGCUGCAUGGUCAGACACCAAGAUAGCAUUGGCUAUCUCUUCACCCUAUUCCGAGCUUUGCAGCGUAGAGGAAAUGCUGUGUUUAUGCUCUGUUUGUCAUCAAGACUAAGCCAGAGACCACAAACUACCUGGAUUUGUGGCUGCAUAAUAAGCUUAGCAGCAACUUAUCUCCCCGUGAUCAAAUACUGGGGCACAAGCCAUCAUGAUUAUGUGCCCAUUUUUAUUUCUUAUUAUUCUACUAAAAAGGAAAUCUGGAAUAUCUCUAAUUUACACCAAAAGUUCUGCAGUCACAAUGCCACUAAUACUCUCUAACUUACAUGUAUAAAAUACAAAGAAAACAAAAUGAAAUGCAUAUAAUAAUACUGGUUUAAAAAAAUAAAUACAAAUGUGCACUUACUGAUACAUAAGCGUUAUUACAAAAGUAUAACAUGUUUUAUGGCGCUUUUUUCUUAAGUCUGCAGUCCAUACUCUGGUUAUUUAAAAUAUUUUACCGGGAUGGAUACAUUGAGAUUUCUCUAGUUUUCAAGUGUGUCCUGGGUCCAUAAAACAUUGCAUUGAUACAAUAGGAUUCAAUAUUACAAAAAUACAAUAUACAAACUAUAAAUAUAUAUUUUUUUUUAAUACAUGGUAAUGUAAUAAAUAUAUUCAACUAUGAUAGGUGCAAGAUUUUAGAUUGAAUGAAGAUUUGACUGUGUCCCUGAGGUUAUUCCAUAAUUGCGGUGCUCUGUAGGAAAAGGAGGAUCGACGAGCCCCUUUACUUUUGUAUUGCGGUACGUUAAAUACUGUGCUGGUACUGGAUAGGAGGUUAUUGGAGGUGGGAACAGCCCGGGAGAGAAUUCUACUCAGGUAGGGUGGGAGCUUCCCAGAAAUGCUGUUAUCCACAAGGCUGGAUUACGUUUAUUAAGGUGGGUUGCGGUUCGGGUGCAUACACUACAUCCUCCUAAUCAAUUACUGGCAUUAGCAUUUGUUGCACUAUCUGUUUCCUUACUGUAGGGCUUAGGCAGGAUUUGUUUCUGUAAAGGGCACCUUGUUUUGGGUAAAGUUUUGAAUAGAUAUUUUUCAAUGUGAAGGCCAAGGGAUAGUUUGGGGUUUAGCAACAUACCUAGAUAUUUGGAACAAAUAGAACACUGACAGCUGUCUGUUCUUUUAAAGAUCAUUGUAGCAGUUUUGUCAGUGUUUAGGAAGAGUUUGUUAUCCGCUAUCUACGUUUCUACUUCUGUGAAUUGGUUUUGGAGCUGCCUCGAGCUGCGGUAGCUUGAGUUUACUAGCAUAGAUUAGUGUCGUCUGCAUACAUGUGUACAGUUGAGGAUUUGCAGAUGUUAAGCAGAUCAUUUAUAAAUAAUGUGAAUAGCAGGGGACAGACUAUAGAGCCUUGGGGAACACCACACGUGAGUAGAAGAGGGAGGGAAGUGCUAUCAGAAAUGGCCACAUAUUGCAAUCCGUCUGAAACAUACAAUCGAAACCAGGUUUGCGGACGAUCACCAAUGCCUGACUUUUUAAGUUUUUGCAAAAGAGUGCCACGGCCUACUGUGUCAAAGGCUUUGGCAAAAUCAAGGAAAAUGACUCAAGUUAAGUCUCCUUGUUUCAUGCCAAUUUGGAUGUCAUUGCAAACUUUUAAGAGGACAGUCGAAGUCGAGUGAUUUGGACGAAAGCCUGAUUGAUCAGGGGUCAGAUCUGAUCAUUGAUAAUAUUCACAUAGUUGCGUGUGGAUGCAUUUUUCCAAGAAUUUUUACAAUACAGGGAGCAAUGAUAUUUAGCGAUAGAUACCAAUGUAUUGUCACCACCUUUAUGGAUAGGUCCAACUUUUGCAGUCUUCCAAAGUUUGGGUAUGUAUCCUGACACCAGGGAUUCAUUGAUGAGGGUUGUAGUAGGUUUAGCAAUUGCUGGCGCACUUAGCUUCAGCAACAUUGCUGGGAUUUGAUCUGGUCCACACAGGUUUUUCAUUUUUAAAUUAUUAAGAUGUUUAUUAAUGACACUAACAGGCACAGGUCUAAAAUUGAAUUUCUCUAUGUGAGGAUUUUGAAGAUUUGGCAGGGCCUGCUCUUUAUUUGCGGUCUGAAAAUGAGUGUCAUUUGUUAUCUUGGCAACCAAGGUGGUAGCACAUCCCACAAAAUAAUUAUUAAAGGCAUUUGCUACAUCUAGGGCGUGUAGCAGUGUUUGGUUGUCCAUUUUGUCAGUGGAGGUUUGGGAGUGGGUUGUGGGGGUUUGUAUGCUAUUUAUGAUUUUCUAGAAGUUUCUUGGGUUUGAUAGGUUGUUUAAUUUUUCACUGAAAUAUUGGGCCUUUGCCAUUUUUGUUUGUGUUAUGCAUGCAUUUCGCUGUUGUCUGUCUGCAAGUACAGUGAUUGUUCAUGGAGCCAGUACGCUUGAACUUUGACCACAGUGAAUCUCUAAACUGGUACAUUUGAAUGAGGUCAGCUGUAACCCAGGGCAGGUGUGUCCCUUUUAGUCGCACUUCACGCAGAGGGGCAUGCAAAUUCCAAACAAGCAAGAGCUCAGACUGAAAAAAUGCAAUUGCAGAGUCUAGAUCUGGUAUUAGACCUAAUCUGUGUGAUGGUAUGUUUUUGAGAUAAUUUAAAAAGGAUUCAAGAUUACAUUUUUUGAAAGACCUGGUGAUUAUAAUCUUGGGAGGGGAUUUAGUGGCCUUUAUUUUGCGUAUGCAGUACACUAGGCCGUGGUCACUGAAACUGUUAGGGAGAAAAUAGUGCACAUACCAUACAUUUAAAAAAAAAAAAAAAAAACUUAAAGAUUAAUGUCUCUGGUUUAACAGAGACCCUUUUCUUUAUGCUUUUAUGGGCAUUCAGGUUGACUGUCCAAAGCUUAGACUGCAGACGGAACAGAAACAUGGGCUUGUAUUGCAAGGAGAGGCCAUAACUUUAGAAUGUACUUUGCUGUUUUGUAAUAGUGCUUAUAUAUUAGUAAGUGCACGUUAGUAUUUUGUGUGUGUGUGUGUAUAUGUAUAUGUAUAUGUGUGUGUAUAUAUGUCUUAAGGCAAUUUGCCUGCAUUUGUGGGAGGUGCUGGUUUUCUACCCCUAGCCUACUUAAGGCACUCCCCUUGCCUGGCUCCUUACCGUUCGAGGUCAGCGUUGAAUGAGGAUCCACUUCCGGGUUCUCUCAGACGCCAUCUUGGUUUCAGUAUCCAGGAGGUUUCACCACGUUAAGCUGUGUCCAGGAAUCCUGUUCAGGCUUUCCGCCCGUCCAGCUUCUUCUGACUCCGUUCUCCGUCGUAGAUCGCGUCCCAGGGACUCCUAAACCGUAAGUCAGACCUUCCUGUCACGCCAGGACUGGUUCCCACGGCGUACGGUACAGCACGGGUCCUCGCUUUACGGCUUUUCCCUGGUUAUGACACGAAUGUUUCAAGCCAUUCGCGGGCUUUUCAUUCGUACGGUCAUUCGGCUGAACAUGUUUUAAAUUGUUCAAUAGUCAUUUCGCAUAUCCUAUUCAUGUUAUUUAAACGAAUGUUCAUUCGGUUGUUUUGCCGUUCGGCAAAUUUUACAUACGCUCAUACACGCUUUGGUUCGCAUAAAUCAUACGGUUAAACUAUUCUAACUUCUGUGUUCCCCUCACAUUUGCUUUCGGCUGUUCUGUGUGUUCACGUAUAAUCCUUUCAUCAAUUAUAUUAACCAUUUCAUGUGUAUAUAACAUUCGGUUAAAGUAUUGCUUGCUUAAAUAGAUUAUUGUUGAUUACUUUUAACAAAUUGUCAGUAUUGUAUUACGUCCACAAAUCAAGUCCACUUCUCUGUGUAUACCAUUUGACUCCCACACUUUCAGGGGUCUGCAUUACUUAUCCAUUUAUACGAAUGGACUCAGCCUAUGUUACAAGCCUCAUUUCUGGGUUAUUAAUACAACAUAUACAAGGAUAGGUUCAUUUAAGCAAUAAUUCUCGGGUUGAUACGUCUUUGCUAUACAUACAUAUCAUAUAGAUAUACAUCACUUUACAUCAUGUUAAAUCAUUUUGGGGUAUCCCUGCCUUUGGUCUUUCUGCUACAUAUCAUACAUAACGCUGUGUUAAUUAGGCCAUGACCUCAUUCAUGUCCCUUUCUAUAAAACCAGUUACAUUUCGGUACAGAUCAUUGAACUCCCACGCCAGGAGUUUUAUAACUAUCCAUUUCAUUUCAAUUUACUCAGCCUACAUUACAGGCCUCAUUUCUCUGUCAUGACGAUGACACAUAAGGCUUAAAUCCUUUUGCAUGCAUACUCGGGUUGAAUCACACGUACUGAUCCAACCAAUCAUACGUCCCCUACACAGUCAUAUACAUAUGUAUAUAACCUACGUUUCAUGUUUUCCUUUACACACCAUUAUCACGUAACACAUAGAUUGUUUGUUUGUACAUAGGCCACGGCCUCCCUCAGAUGUCUUAUUCAAGCAUGCAAACAUUUCUGAGCCACUCAUAGCUAUUCCCAUGGUAUCAACAUAAUUUUAUACAUUGCUGCUACAGACUAUAAGUCUGGUUCUUUUUACACCCCACACUCAUCGUACUACUCUCUUUUACCCAUUUUUAGGCUGUCGAGCUUAUAUAAUUGCUCCACACGGUUUAUUCCUGUGAUUUAUCAUACUACCAGGUACGUACACCUGCUCAUAUGGUAUUCUACCAUACAUUUCAUUUCAUCCCCCUAGUUUAGAGUACUGGCAAUAGGGUCACAGGAUUCCCAAUAGGUAUUUACCCCAUCUUGGCUGUCGCCAUUAGUUAGUGGUCCCGCGAGGCCAACACCCCGCCUCAAACGUUUCGGAGGCAAACACCCAUCGGGCCACACGUUAGCUAGCCGCCUCGCAUGUUGCAAAGAGAGGGCCUCACCUGUCACUCCCUUCCCCUGUUUUCUGUCGUACAGUCACCGAGAGGCCUAAAACUCCUGCCACUACGUCAAGUGGCCUCAAUAACCCCUCGCGCCAACGCAUAGAUAGAGCCUCUCAAGCCGCUUGGCAAUUAGUAGGGCCUCACCUGUCACCAAACAAGCAUAAUACUUUCGCCAUCCGGCCUAGCUAGCCUGCCAGUACAAUUUGGUGGUUCUAUAUACUAAUUAUUGUUUUAUUUAUAGUAUGUCUCAGGAAGGGGUAGAGGAUUUCUCCCUGCCUAGCACCCCGGCUAGAGCUGUCACUCCCACACAAGGAGGAGAGCUAGCUAGUCCAGCAUCAAUUAGAUCCUGGACAAUCCCGCGCAUAACCACGGAAUUAAGGAGACGACAAAUCCCCUACCCCGCUACAGCAAGGAAGGCAGAACUUUUCAAACUGCUACGCACAUCAACCAAUAACAUGGAAGCCGGGGAAGGAUCUAGCCAGUCCAACCCAGGGGACAUACAUGCCAUGUUAUCCUCACUCAUGGCAUCCAUGGGCAAGGUCAACUCCAGGCUGGAGAAACUUGAGUCAGUCACCACGGCCCUCACUCUAGCAGGGCCACCCGCGGCUGCGGUACAAACACCAGCCUUGCCAUUAGUCGCUCCAGCCAGCCCCCUGGAUGACCAGGAAGUUAGCCCGGCCCACAUGAUACCUGAGCAUAUCAAAAGGGAUAUCCUGGAAGGUAAAGACGUCAACCUGGCUUCCCUGUUGAUUGCCUCCCAGGACAUUGUGGAACAUAAGACGUAUGCUAUGAUGAUGUUUCUGUUAUUGUCAGAUCUAGGGAUGCCCGCCUGAACAGGAAACUGACUAUCCCUGAAUUUGUACUAGCGUUUGGUAUUUACAGGGAUGUCGCCUGUGCGGUUUAUCCCAACAGAAGAGAGGAGUUUGAUCUCUAUAUGCACAAGCUGGUAGACCUGGGCAACAAAUAUGGUGGUUCAGCAUUCUAUGACUACCAUAGGUCUUUUUCUGCAAAAGUGGCUGGAGCCUUCUCCCAGUACGGUACACGAUCCAACUGGGGAAGGAUUGAUACCGUCUUAUUCUGCAGACACUUUGCAGGUCUAAGAACACCAGCUUGUGCAUACUGCUCCUCCACAGCCCAUACUACUAAUUUUUGUCCCAACACGGCAGACGGACAUGCCUCCACACAAGGAACUAGUUCCUCUGGGGAUCCAGGGAAACUAUCCAAAGACAAAUUGGGACGCCCAAUCAAGUUUCUGGGCAAGUCCCAGAUAUGUAAUAAUUUCAAUGUUGGGUCUUGUAAUUACAGUGGAUGUAGACUAUUGCAUGUCUGUUCAAAAUGUUUUAGGGCACAUGCUAAGACCAUGUGUCCAAAUAAAAUGUAUUCUAAGCCUUACCUUACGUCCAUUAAUAUGCCAGUAUUCACAGCAUUGAUGUCUCAGCACCCAUCUAGACACCUGGUAGAUUUUCUUAUUUCUGGUUUAACAGAAGGCUUCCACACAGGUAUCCUACACAUACCAGCUGGCACUCUGGAAUGCCCAAACCUACAAUCCGCCCAACACAACCCCACAGUGGUUGACACCCUCAUAAACCAAGAAGUGGAGGAGGGCUUUGUAUUGGGGCCUUUUAGAACUCCCCCAUUCACAGAAUGGCGCACCAACCCUAUUGGUAUUGUCACAGGGAAAUCUUCCCAAAAACAGAGACUCAUCAUUGACUUAUCGGCUCCCCACUCAUCGGCCAACCCCAGUCUUAAUUCCCUCAUACCCUCUGAGGAAUUCUCUCUGCAAUACACCACCAUAGAUCACGCCAUUACAGCCAUCAUACAAGCAGGGGUGGGAGCCUGGCUCAGUAAGACCGACAUUACUAACGCCUUCAAAUUACUCCCUAUCCACCCCACACUGUGGCACCUGCAUGGCAUCAAGUGGUCUGGGAACUACUAUUUUUUCUCCCGGUUAACUUUUGGGUCCAAAAGUAGCCCAGCUAUUUUCGACACAUUUGCCGAAGCACUAUGCUGGUUACUAUUGAACAUAGCCGGAUGCCCUACAGUAUUACAUUACUUGGACGAUUUCCUACUGGUCGAGGAGAAUACUGCACCUCCCACUAGCCUCAAAGCUACCACUAAGCUGUUUGAGCAACUAGGUGUACCCAUCUCCCCAAAGAAAACAGAAGGGCCAGACACGGUUAUCACUUUUCUGGGUAUCCAGUUAGACUCUGCCACAAUGCAAGCAAGCCUACCUUACGAAAAGAUAGACAAUAUUCUCACUUACAUAAACAACUACCUACAGCUCGGCACUUGCAACCGCAAAGAACUACAGUCCCUGCUGGGGUCACUAAAUUUUGCAAUGCGCAUCAUACCUCAAGGCCGCUCCUUUAUUUCACGACUAUUGCAUCUUUUCCCACUUUUUCUACAGGACACGCACAGGUUGUCCUUAGAUGCCCAAGCUAUGGCAGAUCUAAACAUGUGGAAGAGGUUUUUAACCACUUGGAAUGGUGAAAGUAUGUUCCUCCCUCAAUUGACUGAAUCAUCUCCUACCAUUUGGUCAGAUGCGGCAUCUACCACUGGUUUUGCAGCAAUUUUUGGGAACGAAUGGCUUUGGGGCAGCUGGCCUUCAGCACUUCUGGAUUUGGAAGGUUUUUCCACUACCUCAGCUCUUUUUGAGAUCUACCCUAUAGUGGCGGCUGCCGUAGCGUGGGGUCAUUUAUGGGCUAAUACGCCAGUGCGUUGUUACUCAGACAACCAGGCGACCUGUCACAUCAUCAACAAAGGUUGUUCCAAAUCUCUUACGAUUAUGAGAUUUCUGAGGAAGCUCACUUGGUUGGCAGCUUGUCAUAAUUUCUUCCUAUGUUGUUUCCAUGUGCCAGGUAUAUACAACACAGCUGCUGACAGUUUGUCUCGCUUUAAAUUUCAGGAGUUUCAUCAAGCACUCCCGUCAGCAGCACCCACAGCCACCAUCACUCCAACAUUUCAACAACUCAUACUGGACUAGACGUCAUCAUGCAGCAUAGCAGGACAUUGUCUCAGUUGGCACUUUCACACAAUACAAACAAAACAUACAACAGGGCUUUCACACUAUUCAAACGAUUCCUUCUGGAACAUAACAUCAUACAACCGUUUGUUAUGACAUCUUUUUGGGGUUUGCUUCCUUUUGCCACCUUAAACUCAAAUUGUCAUAUAACACCAUCAAACUCUAUCUCACUGGCAUUCAACACCACAUGCUCAUCUUACACCCAAAUAACAACAGUUUCAUGGCCUCUCACCAAAUUAAGACCAUACUCAGAGGUAUUCAAAAAUCAGAACCCACACAUUUGGCCCAGAGGCUACCCAUAGAUAACCAUAUCUUCAAAGCUUAUCUAACCUACUCGACCUGAAACCUUUUGACACUAAUACGAAUUCUAUUAUCAAAACAGCAAUAUACAUAGCUUUCUAUGGAUUUCUACGACCCAGAGAAUUCACUACGACCUCCACGACCCAAACCACUCCAUUCCUCCUCUAUUCCCACUUGACAAAACAUAUGGAUCAUUACAUCCUGUCUUUACCUCACUCCAAAACCAGCCAGCACAUACCUGUAAACAUUCCAUACUACCCCACGCACAACAGAUGGUGUCCCGUAAAAGUUCUUGAUGCCUACAUACAGCACCAUCACUUACUGCCCUCGCAACCGUUAUUACAACUACAAGGUGCAGUACUCACCACUACAACCUUCAUGACCUACGUCAGGUCCUUGCUCACACAACUGGGCCUCAACGCAAACAAUUACUCAGGACACUCCUUUCGUAUAGGAGCCGCGUCCACAGCCUCCAGUUUCAACGUCCCAACUCAUGUUAUCAAAACACUGGGGCGCUGGAAGUCAUCCGCUUACUCACGGUACAUACCGAACCCAGUACAAGAGUUAAGAGACGCUUUCAUAAACAUGUCUGGUUGAUAAAUGUAUAUGUAUUGGUUGUCUGUUAAUAAAUUGGAUUACUUAAUUUUUGCCCUCUUCUUUCUCAGGCCUACCUCAUCGUCGGUUUCGGCACACCACAACCGACUUGCUCCUUUUAUCAUCCUACGCUUAUUCAUGGUAUUUCACACUGUACUAUCUUAAGCACCUAACACAAGUAUUAAGGCAAUUUGUGGGAGGUGCUGGUUUUCUACCCCUAGCCUACUUAAGGCACUCCCCUUGCCUGGCUCCUUACCGUUCGAGGUCAGCGUUGAAUGACCCUCCCACCACACCACUUUUAACAUUUAUUUUCCUUUCUAUUUCUUUUCCUGGGUGGGCCCUCUUCUUUCUCAGGCCUACCUCAUCGUCGGUUUCGGCACACCACAACCGACUUGCUCCUUUUAUCAUCCUACGCUUAUUCAUGGUAUUUCACACUGUACUAUCUUAAGCACCUAACACAAAUAUAUAUAUAUAUAUAUAUAUAUAUAUAUUAUGUAUGUGUAUUAUAAAAAUAAAUUGAACUGUUUUGUCCUUUUAUUUGUAUUUAAUGUUUCUUUCAUGUGAAUAAAUUGUUACCUCCUACUUUGGAGACUUCAGUUUGGGUAUUCAUGUAUUUGUCAUUUUAGUUUAAAUGCACCUCUAACUGGGUUGUUUCUUUUUAAUAUCCUUUCAAUAUUUCAUGUGCUUGUCUGCGGCCUCCUUUUAUUUUUAAAUUUUUUUAUUUUUUAAAUGUUUCUUGGUCUAUUUUGGCUUAUAGUUGUUUGCCAGCAACUUUUAUACAUACCAUUCUGCUACCUUAUAUCUAUAAUUUUCAGAAUUUUCUUUUCACUUAGUGAAAACAUACUGUGUGUGUUAUAUAUUGCAUUUCACAUAGACUGUAAGGUUGUCUAAGCAGGGCCUUCUUCACCUCUUGUCUCUGUUAUAUUUCGUAUGUUACUCGUUAUCCAAUAUUCCCAUUCUAUAACUGUAAAGUGCUGCAAUAUAUUGGCACUAUAUAAAUGCUGCUGCUGAUAAUGUCUUUUAUUUAAACUGAAAGGGUUUUCUUUCAUGGUGAAUGUGAUGAAACAAUGUAUUUCUUUGUGUUCCUAUUAAUUUUAUUGUGUAUUUGCAGAUAUCCCAAAGUCAAACUUCAGACGGUUAAAUUUUGAUCACUGUAGGUAUGUUGCAUGGUUGUCCUAGCAAGGGUUACUUUCUAUAAUGUAACCAUACUGAUUAUAGAAUAACCAUAGUCUUUGGUCCCCUUCUCAGGCAUCACAGGAUUUAGCUUGCCAAAAUUAUAUAGCAAAUGUUGAAUUGGAAGUUCUGCAUGUAAAAUAGGUGAGCAGGGGCUGGGUUUUCGUCAUGCUGCUCAAAAGGUUAAAUCUAGAACCGGCUUCCUUCAGGAUAUUGCUAUCAGAAUACACAUACCGUUUCUCGCUUUCAUCUUUCACGUAAAUCCAUAUCCCCCGCAGUGUUCAGUGAAGCAGGAUUUCGGUGGGCUGAGUAAAAGGGUGGGCCGCUGAUGUGAAUUACGUAACCAGAACAGCCCAAAGCGACAAACAUGCCCUAAAAGUGGGCGUGCCUGCACAAAGAAUUAGAUGGUCAGCCUGGUGUGAAUACAAAUUGGGCUGCCUUCCAGUCAUGCAGGAUGACCAACCAAGGGCAUACCAUGCAGACAGCACCCUGAGCUUGACAUAAAUGCGUCUAAUGAUGCGUUAGCUUUACGCUUUUAAGGAAUGUCCACCUGCACUCACUGGUCCACUUCUCUCCUAACUUUACUACCAGGCAGAAGCUCCUGUUAUACAGUCUUGGUCAGAGAAAAAGUGUAUGUAGUAAGUGUAGAGAAAGGAAACAUGCCACUGUGUUAAAGAGCCUGAAGCAUCAAGAGCAUUUGCAUAGUGCGCAUAGUCAUCCCUCUUAAGUUUCCAUACUUAAGCAAGCACAUUUGAAGAGUAGUAAAAAAUAUCAAUGGGCCUGGAGCUGCAGCUCCGUCAGCCCCUCUGUUAAUCUGGCGCUGACUGUAGCAUAAUAGCUGCAUAACCAUAGCAAUUUCUUGUAGUGGUUAUGGUGCUUAAACUUCCCCUUUAUGUAUCUUGCAAAGGCUUGCAAAGAGCAUUGCUGCAUGCUCAAAAGGGAAUAAUAAACAAUACAAUUCAAGUGUAGUUCAGCUGUCCUUUCUGAAUAGUUUACAGUAAUAGCUUCUUUUUCCAUUAGGUUGUUUGUUUAUUUUUGUUUAAAGAAUACAGGAAAAGUUAUCAAAUAGUUUUGCAAGAUAUAUCUGCGUGUGAAAUUUCUUCAAAUAUUUUGUUUGGUAUGUGAAUGGUAAAUAUUUAUUAUUUUUUUCCCAGCUUGUCCUUGCAACCCUUUGAGUAUCCAGUAUGCACUCCAGAUGGUACAGUGUUUGAUCUACUGUGAGUAUAUAUAUAUAUAUAACACCUUGCUAUCAGAUGUAGACCUAGAGUUUGCAUUUACAAAGCUCAGAUGAAAAAUGCUUCAAAUAGAUUGAAUUUCUUCAUAGAAAUGUAUUGAAAGGUUAACCCUUCACUUGCAAGGAUUUUUUUUUUCAUUUAGCCAUUAUUAUUAGGGGGGUUGUCUGUUAAAGUAUUGUGGCUUAUAGUGCAUCCCUUGUAAUACUUGAUACAGGUUCUCAAUAUGUUGGAAAAGAAACACAAAUCACAAUGUUUGUUCCUUACACUUUAUAGGGUUUAUUCACUAAAUAUUAGAUAAUGAAUUGAAAACUAAAUUGCAAAUAUUGCUCACAUACAGUAUUGUUACCUGGGAUCUAUUUCACAGUGUCUACCAAGAUGUCUGCUGAUCUCCUUUCUCCCCAUCAGAGCAGGAGUAAGAGUUCACAGGGCCCUAGACAGAAUGCCUGGAUGGAGUUUCCUCCUACGGCUAUGAGCUGUGGUAGCUGUGUUCUUGUAUGGGCGGGAAGGUUUAGUGUUCCUGUGUGUGAUUAUUUUUCCACUUGUCCCCUUUCCUGCACAACUUUUGGCAAGAUGGGGUAUAAUUGAUGGAAUUCGCUGGUGAUCUGGUGGGGUAGUGUUGUGUUCGUCACCUCUAUCAGGUGCAGAUCACUUUAAGAGCACCUGCUUGGUCACAGCAUUUAAUCAGGGGGGCCUGCCACAAGGCUCUGAGUCAUUCAGAAGCACUGGCACUGUGAAGAAGCUAUUAAAGUGAUCUACAUCCAAUAGCGGUGCAGGCCACAACGAUUCUUCAAGGUAUUGAGAAACCGCAGGUCCAAGAUGGGAGAUCUUUUGAUCUGCAUGCUGGUUCAGGGAGGGCCCUUUGAUAGACGGAGCUUGAGCUCCUGUCUAAACCCAGGUCCUAGACGGCUCUGCCCCUCACCCAGAAUUGAUCCAUAUUCUGUAAUUUUGUAUAAGGGAAAUGGACUGACACAGUUUACCGUGUGCAUCAUUUCUCAACCAGGUGAGGACCAACGUUGGUGUAAAAAGUGAAUGUGCUGUUUAUCUUGUGAUAAUAGUUAUAAGGCAAUACAAUUGCAAUAAGAAUUGGAAGCAAACUGUAUCUGUGCUGUCCAAGCUGGUGCAGCAUGCACAUUGCCCUAGUGAGCGAACUGGUUGGGAGUUUUCUGUAUUUUAAAUUGUUAAGCAACUGUUUGGGGUAAUUGGGGUGUUCCUCUCUGGCUUGACCCACAUAACGUUUUUCAUAACUAAAGAACACUGCUAAUUUUUUAUCUUCUUUUACUUUUUUUAUUUUUUUUUUCCAUACAGGAGUAUCAUGCCAUGGAUUAAGAAAUAUGGCACCAACCCAAGCACAGGAGAGGUGAGUCAACUAUCUAUUGUUUGGUUUAUUCUGUUUCCACCUACUUUUAGAAAAUGUAACCACUUAAGCAUUAAAGGGACACUAUAGUCACCAGAACAACUACAGCUUAUUGAAUUUGUUCUGGUGAGUAGAAUCAUUACCUUCAGGCUUUUUGCUGUAAAAACUGUCUUUUCAGAGAAAAUGCAGUGUUUACAUUACAGCCUAGUGAUAACUUCACUGGCCACUCCUAAGAUGGCUGUUAGAGAUCUUUCCUGGGUCAUGGCUGCCUAAAAUGCAUCCAAACAUUCAGUAUCCCCUCCCUCUGCAUGCAGACACUGAACUUUCCUCAUAGAGAUUCAUUGAUUCAAUUCAUCUCUAUGAGGAGAUGCUGAUUGGCCAGGGCUGUAUUUGAAUUGUACUGGCUCUGCCCCUGAUCUGCCUCUUUGUCAGUCACAGCCAAUUCUAUGGGGAAGCAUUGUAAUUAAAAUGAAUAAAAUAGGGGAGAGGGGACUAUUUUUUUUGUUUUUGUUUAUUUGUUUUACAUAUUGUAAUUUCUACACAACAAGUGCAACUAAAGUAAACUUACUCAAAAUACAUUCACUAAUUAGUCCUGAUUGAUAAAAUGUCCUAAAUGAAUUGAAAUUCUAGACAUAUUGAAGUUACAAAACAAGUCUUGGUUGGAGUAAAUGAUGAUUUUAAAGAAGUAUUGGACAUGCUGAGAUUCUAAUUUGUGUUUUAUUUUUUUAUAGUGGUCACAGAAUCCAAAACUGUUAUUCAAAAGUGUAUAUUUGUAGGUGUAUCCCAGGUUAUUUAAUGAAGAGCUUUUUAUAACACUUAAUCCAACAAUUGUAUCACGAACCUUAGUCAAAAUCCUAAAAAAAAAAAAUUGUUGGGGGCGGGGGGAGGUAUUCAUAUGUGUUUGAUUUUGGAGGAAAUUCAAAGACCAAACAUGUGAGUCUAUUGUAAACACCCCAUAUUUGUAUUCUGCUGCUAUGCUCGAGAAUGACCUUUGCUCAUAAUUCCACCCCCUAAUACUACCCAGUGGCGGAUCUAGAGCCUGAUCUCGGGAGGGGCACUUGUAGAUUAUUUAAAGAAAUAAUCCAGACACAAUAACUACUACAGCUCAGUGUAGUGGUUAUGGUGUCAAUAGUGCCGGGACCCCCUCCUAGAGUAAGUAGUCAAACCGUUUAAGAACAGUUUGACAACUUACCUGAGGUCUGCUGGGAAAUGGGGCGGUAGUAGGGCAUAGGAGCAGUGGUGUGUGUGAGUGGUGCAAUGUGUGCAGUGUGUGUGUGAGGGGGACAGUGUGUGAGCAGUGUGUGUGUGUGAAGGUUGUAGUGUGUGAGUAGGGGGGGCAGUGUAUGUCAGGGAUGCAGUGUAUGUGUGGGACAGUGUGGGACAGUAUGUGUGUGUAACAGUUGCAGUGUGUGUGUGAAUGUGGGCAAUGUGUGUGUAUGGGGCGGCAGUGUAUGGGGGCAGUGUGUGUGUAUGCGGGGCAGUAUGUGUGUAUGAGGGCAGUAUGUGUAUGGGGGGGCAGUAUGUGUGUAUGGGGGGGCACCAUGGGGGGCAGUAUGUGUGUAUGGGGGGGCAGCAUGGGGGCAGUAUGUGUGUAUGGGGGGGCAGCAUGGGGGGGCAAUAUGGGGGCUAUGUGUGUGUGUGUGUUAAGGGUAGGGGGGGAUUUUUUAAAAUAAUAUAUAUCUUUAUUUAAUUAAAAAAAUAUAUAUAUUCUAUGUCCCCCCUCCCUUCUUACCUUUAUGGAGGAGGAGGGGGGACAUAUUUUCAUCCCUGGUGGUCCCAGUGGUGAUUCCCUGGUGGUCCCAGUGGUUACAGUGAACUCUAGCCCGCGCUCCCGGGCUAGAGUUCACUCUCGCGAGAUUUGGAGCGUUGCCGCGGCUCCAAAUCUUGCGAGAGGAGGACCCGGAGGAGCUGCAGACUGAGCUCCCGGGUCCUCUCUCCUCCCUCUCCCUCCCCUGCCGGCUGUCAGCACAGUGCCUGCGGACCGGGAAGGGAGAUCUCUGAUCUCCCUCCCCGGUCCGCAGGCACAUUGCAGGGCUAGCACCUACAUGUGCUGCUGGCAGGGGAGGGAGAGGGAGACCGGCGGAUUUCUCGGGGGGGGCAAUUGCCCGUUGCCCCCCCCCUGGAUCCGCCAGUGAUACUACCUCGCAUGUAUUCCAUCUGCUAGUACAAAGUGAGAUGGAAAAUCCUUCUGCUGAUGAUUGUACUGGCAUCUCAAUCUGUACUGUAGAUCGGUCUCAUGCUGCAGCAUCUACAUGCAGUGACGGGCAGCUGACAAAGCCUUGCUCCAAUCACUGGGCAGACUGGCAUGUAAGGAGACCUGGCCCCAAGGGUUUUUUCAGACCAGGUGGCUCUACCUCCUCGCUAAGGCAGGCUUAGAAUUACCAUUCUCAAAUAAUAUGGUGCACAAGGAAUAUUUAAAAAAGCAUAUACACUUGUCAGACUAUUGUUAAGCUUCUAGGAGAGCUUUGUAAAUACCUUGAUCUUCCAUUGGUGGAUUUAACUCUAUCACACAAUUAAGCCAAAAUAUAAUGUAAAUGUCUUCUCCUAUUAAGAGACCUAUAAAAAAAUUUAAUCUAUAAACACUCAAACAAAUAGAACACAUCACAUAUCAAUAGGGGGUGUAGCACCCUAAAAACAAAUCUACCUCUGGAGAUAAUGACUAGAAACUUAAAGAAGCCCUAUAGUAUCUAGAGUACAAAUGUAUUUUGGGCUGAGUGACUACAUUGCUGGUUGGUUACACAUCUAGUGGCAAACACUGCCUUGUUUCUGAAAGGCAGUAUAUACAGUGCUAAGGCUGCAGGGACAUGCUACAGACACCAGAGCCACUACAUUAAAGGGACUCUCCAGUGCCAGGAAAACAAACGAUUUUCCUGGCACUGCAGGUCCCCUCUCCCUCCCACAUCCCAUCCCAGGUUGCUGCAGGGGUUAAAACUUCUUCAGCCACUACAUUAAAGGGACUCUCCAGUGCCAGGAAAACAAACGAUUUUCCUGGCACUGCAGGUCCCCUCUCCCUCCCACAUCCCAUCCCAGGUUGCUGCAGGGGUUAAAACCUCUUCAGUCCUUCCUGCAUCCAGCGCCGAUGUCCAUCGGUGAUGGUUCAGGGUCCGCCCCCGCAUCCAGCGGGGGAGACCUAUUGCGCAUGCGCGGCCUGCGACGGGGCAGACCACACGCGCAUUAGACCUCACCAUAGGAAAGCAUUGAAAAUGCUUUCAAUGCUUUCCUAUGGGGAUUUCAGCGACACUGGAGGUCCUCGCAUAGCGUGAGGACGUCCAGCGACGCUAUAGCACAGAAGAUCUGUUCUAUAAACCCGGAAGUGCCCUCUAGUGGCUGUCUAAGAGACAUGGAGACGUCUAGGAGUUUAUGACAACUGCAAUAUUUACAGUUGCAGGGUUAAGGGUAGUGGGAGUUGGCACCCAGACCACUCCAAUGGGCAGAAGUGGUCUGGGUGCCUGGAGUGUCCCUUUAACCCCUUAAGGAUACAUGACAAUAAGCCUGUACUGAAGGGCAUUUCCACCACAUGUGCACAUAUGUGCCUUGUUCCCCGCACCCGUGCCAACAGAGAUCAGUGGGAGUGAUCUGCAUGCGGAAUUGGUUUUGUGGAGUGAUGUACCAUCUGAAAAGCGUUUUGAAUGAUUGCUCUUGGAGGGUGACACAUAUGGAUGAUCGUGCUGUGGCCUCCCAUAUGUCCUGCCAGUCGGAGCCCUCCAGUGUCUCUCCCAGGUCUGCCUCCCAUUGGUCAGUGUAUCGGAGCUCCCCCCACUCUUUGGUUUCCCCGCUAAGGUGUGAGUAUAGUGAUGAGAUAAGUCCCUUGGGGUGUUUUUCCUGAUAUCAAAUGUUCUCAAACCAGGUGAGGGGGAGGGUGGCCGUCUCCUUGACACCUUUGGAGCUAGCAAAAUCUCGUAUCUGUAUGUAGCGGAAAAAGUCACUGUUUGUUAGGAGGGAUUCUUCCCUGAGCUGAUCGUAUGUAACUACUUGACCGUUUUUGUAUAGGUGGCAGUAUCUCUGGAUACCUGCCUUCUCUAGGCCCCUAAAGUCGCCUGUCGUCAUUCCCGGUGGGAAGGAUCUGUUCCUAAGCACGGGGGUCAUUGGGGAGGGGAACCUACUUAAAGAGUAUUAAGUUGCUAUUUGAUCCCAGAUUCUUAAGGAGUUUAUCGCCGGGCAGGUUAUCCUGGGGAGUGCUCUGUGUGUCUUGUGUAGCCAUGGAUAGAACUGGGGUAGGUCUUGCCCCAUUAGUGAGGUUUCAAGCUCCACCCAUCGUCGGGUGUCAGGCACAGAGUGCCAAUAUGCUAUUUGCGCAGUCUGCGCUGCUAGGUAGUAUAGGUACAGGUUUGGCAGCCCCAGUCCCCCUCUGUCCUUGGGUCGAUAUAGGAGUUUUCUAGCUAUUCUGGGUCGUUUCUUUUGCCAAAUGAACAUGUCAAUCGCUUUUUGGAGUGUGAAUAGAUCGCUUCUCAACUGGUGUGGGCAGGGCCUGGAACAGGAACAGUAGUCUGGGGAGGAUGUUCAUUUUGACUGAGUGGAGUCUGCCUAGCCAUGAGAUGGGUUUGUCUGUCCACUGCUCCAGGUCCCUUAGGAGUGUGCGAAUCAGUGGGGAAUAGUUAGUCUCGUGUAGGUGUUCGUGUUGCGCUGUGAGUCUAACCCCUAGGUAGGGUAUGUUGUCAGUAGUGAUGGGUAGGCGAUAUCUUUCAGAUUUUUGUGCUCUAUCCUGGGCUGGGAGGUGAAAUGGCAGUGCCAUGGAUUUGUUGAGGUUUACUUUAUAGCCCGAUAGGGCUCCAUACGUGGCCAACAGGUCCGUCAUGUGGCCCAUGGAGGUCAGGGGGUCGGUGAGAGUCAGCAGUACGUCGUCUGCGUACGCUGAUACUUUGAAGGUUUUCUCUGCUACCCGUAUUCCUUGUAUGUGUGGGUGUUGGCGUAUAGCCUGCAGUAGUGGUUCAAAGGAGAUGGCGAAUAGCAGUGGCGACAAUGGGCAGCCCUGGCGUGUUCCAUUCUGGGGGUGUAAGGGGGUCUUUGUGGCCCCUGCAAUCAGGGUUUGGGCUCUCAGGUUUGUAUAUAGAGCGCGUAUGGCCUGGAUAUAAGCGGCUGGGAAUCCCCACUCUUCCAGGAGGCUAAACAUGUAUGGCCAUUGCACCCUGUCAAAGGAAGCUGUAGUUGUUUUGGUGACUAGAGUAUCUCUUUAAGGCGAUACCCCCUCCAUUUAAUUUUUAUCAACUAUUCGAAUAAAAUCUCCUGCCCGCUAAUGUUCGUUAACCAUUUUUAAAUAAUUAAAAGAUCUGAUCCUCUAGUCCUGAUUGGAACAUCUCUUGAAAUGUUCAGAUACACUGUUUCCAAGCAUCAUAAUAAUAAUAAUAAUAAAAAAUGUGUUCCCUACUCCUUCUUUGGGAAAAGUCUAGAGGUCUGUAUCCUCCACAUGACUGUGUUUUUUUUUUUUUUUUCUGAUGAGUGUAUAAUUAUAUGGUUUUGUGUUGUGCAUACGCAUUUUGGCCAUAAAGCCUUCAAGUGCUGAAAUACUGUUCACCUCAUGGUGUUUAUAUACCUUCCACAUAAUACAAUUAUUAGUUACACAUGUUAACAAUCUUUGGCAUUUCUUGAUGAUGUCACUUCCGGCUCCCCACAGUGUGUAUCUGAUAACUGUAUGAUUUUGUAUUACAUGUACUUUUACAAUUAUUUAUAUUUUUUUAAUUAUUAUUUAGGGUUACUAAAUGGUGGCAAGGCUUCAUUUGAUGCAUUUGUUUUAUAGAUAUGCCCAUUACCAUCUAUUCUCUAGUAUACAUUUGUUUUAAUAAUUUUUUUUUAUUUUUUUUACGAUUUACUAUUUGUACAAAUAAUUCAUCUAUUUUUGUGGAACUCUAUACCAUCAUGUGUACCUGACCUCUUCAAUUGGCUACAGUAGCCAUAUUUGGCAUCCCUGAGACACUAAGACAGAGCCUGGCACGGGUCUGGACCAUGUGAGUCACACGAGAACAUUGGGUAGGGCUUAGAAUCUGAUUAUAUACAGUAUACACUGUUAUUUUUUCUGCUUUUAUUGUAGAAUCAAGAAUUUUAACUGCGUUUUGUACACACAUUUUUUUUAUUUUUUUUAAUAUCUAUUUUAUGACAUUUGGGUGUUUGUUUGACACUGGUAUAUAUUUUAUGUUUUGAAAUAUAUAUAUAUUGCUUGCGCACAAUUUAAAAAAAUAAAAACAUUUCCGGUUUGAUAUUUGUUGAUUUAACGCACAAUUGGUUGCCGCAUGUUAUUGCAAAAGCUCUUUUUCUGUCUUAUUAAAUUUGCACUACUUGUAGUGUAUAACACGUAUUUAGUGCUUGUUUGGUUUAAUUGUGCUCUCAGAUGAUGUAGGGGACCCUCCAGUAUUGAAAGCUGACUGGGAGCAGGCUCAGAAUUGCUGUGGCUGAGUAUGAUAAAAUAGAUUUAAAAGUGUGUGUGGUGUUUUUUUUUUUUUUUCUCCUUUUUUUUAUACAUUUGUUCUACUUCAGCCAUCUUAACUUAUGAACUUGUUAAUGCAUGUGCAAGGAAAGUAUACAAUACUGAUAAUACAGAUAUCACAAUUCCCAGCACACAAUCGGGGGUUCUAUUUGUUUUUGCUAGAAUUGUGUGUUUUCCAGAAGGCUACAGGAAGUACACUCUGGUAUUUGCUAUUGUCUUACAGUUGCGUAUUUCUAAGGUAUUUCCCAGGAAAUGACUGUUGCAAAACAACACACAUAUUUGUGUUGCUGAACUUUUCCUUAUAGAAGUGAUUUUUUUUUUUCCAGUUUCGGCUACCAUUAUUUUUUUUUUUUUUUUCUAGCACCAAUAUGUCAAAUACAAUAUGCAGUGACAAAAGAAAACCUUAAGCAUUGCGUAAGAGUGGUGUGUAGGACAAUUGGGCAAGAUUUUUGGAAAAAACUAUACAAUUUAUAAUAAUAUAUGUAUCAGGCUGUAUUAAAGGAAAGGCCAUCUCCCGCUAGCUAGUGGGAAUCUUAAGGGGGGAAGGUGUGCGAGGUAGGUACAGGACCAUGUGAUUUGAAAACGAGCCGGGUAGUGGCUGCUUAUCAGUGCCGUGUCCCGGGUUAGAGUUAACCUGAUGACCUUAUUCCUUGUUGCUAGUAAUCUCAGUGGUAUGUGAGCUCUCUAGUUUCAGGUGGGUAGACCUGAUCUGUGAGGUUGCCCUGAUUGUUGUAGUGUGGGGAGUAAUGGGAUAGCUAACAGUGCCCAGUAACCCAUAGGCACCAAUGGGGUUGUGGGGGGGGGGGGCUUAAAAAUCUUUGGCUUGUAAUUUGCAUUUAUAAUCCUGCUGAGGUUUAGGAAGUUCUUAACCAAUAUAGAAAAUCAUAACCAUGGAAAGGAAAGUGAUUAUGAAAAAUAAAAAGUUUGUCUGGUCGGUGAGACGUUUCCAACUCCAUCCAUUACUUCUCUGGGGCUGGGUAAGAACCGGUGUACUUCUGGUUCGUUCAUCUGUUGUCUUUUGUUGGGCGAGGCACAAAUGAGACUAUUCGGGAGACGUCCCAGGUGCUGGCAGCCGAGUGGGCUCCGGCGUUGGGUCACAUUAGGCCUAGGGCCUGAAAAUAGGAAUGAGUCCUCUGGUGAUGUGAAUUGGGGGACCAGGAGUGUGCGGGGGUGACCCCAUCUGAUCCAAGCUGUUCGGGGGUGGCCCCAUCUGACCCAAGCUGUUCGGAGGGACUGUUUGACCUUGUGCAUCGAGUGCCGGCAAUCUAGUGUGGCUCUGCAUAAGCCUGCUAUGAAUAUGAGCUUAGUUUCUUUAACCCUAUAUGGGCUUUUGGCCUUGAGCACCUCCACCACUGCCAUUUUAUCCUGGAAUGUCAGAAAUAGUAGUAGGACGUCGCGGGAGGCUUCUGCUGGCACCCUGUUGGAUUUAGGAAGGCGAUAUGAGCCCUCCACCAACUUAAUUUUGAGCAUCCGGGGAGGUAGGAUAUCCGUGAGAAGUUGGCGGAUGAAGUGUGGCAGUUCACCAUCUGUUAUGCAUUCUGCAACCCCUCGAAUCUUGAGGUUGUUGCGCCGACGUGAAUUAUCCCUGGCAUCUAGGCUUGUUGAUACAUUCUGGUGGGAGACCCGGAGGUCUUUUAUCUCCUCCGCUGUGUACGUUUUGGCUUUGUGCGAGGGAAGAGACAUCCUCCUCCACCAUUUUUACCUGGUCCAUGACGGCCGUUAUCUCUUCUUUCAGCACCGCUAGGUCCGAGCAAAAGUAGGAUCUGAUGUUGCUCAGGAGGUUCACUAUGUCUCCACUGGUUGCUGGGGCCUUCAGGUCCACACUCAGCAUGGGUAAGUCAGGUUGUAGUGCCUCCGGAACGGCAUCUGGAGCGUCCAUUAAUUCCUUGGAGAAGGAAGAGUCAUGCAGCUCUGGUACCGCCGCCAUCUUAGUUUUAGGCCGUGUCUGGAACAUCUCUCUGAUACUCCUGUUUUGAUCCCCCAAUUAGGUUUUAAGUUUCUUUUUCAGUUUCCCCAUAUCGUGCCGGGUAUACAAAGCACUUUUGGGGUCAGAUUGUCGUCGGUGCAACGGUAAUGCUAGGGUUAAUGCCGUUAUAGUGUCAAAGCUCCCCAAUCGUGUGACCGCUCUCGGCAAGGUUCAGACCACGCCCCUCGGCUAGCAGUUUUUAAUGUUAGAUAAGCUUACAAUUUGAUUUUCAUUCUUGGGUAACUGAGGGUUAAAACCAUAUUCUGUUCAAAUUCCUACUUUUCAAAAUUGGUAAAGGUAUUCCAUUUUGCAAAAAAAAUAACUAAUCCACUGCUUCUCUAUGAUAAAAUUCUGUAGCAUUGAUUUUUAGAAGGAACAAGCAAAACCUGAUUAAAGGUGCUUAUAGAUCUCCUUUUUGGGUGUACAUGAGCAAAACCUCAAUUAGUUUAAAAGAAAACCGUAUACUCCACCAUGGGGGGGAAAGGACGAGCAAAAAAAGGAAAUCUUCUCUUUAUUAAAUAUCCAUGUACAUGGAAAACAUGCAAUAGUAAUGACCGUAAUAUGGUCAAAAUGAUACACUGGAGUACAUUAAUAUUUUAUAAAGAAAAAAAUUUUAUUUUAUUUUUUCCCCCCCUUUCUCCUAUGGUGUAAUGCAACAUUUGCCUUUAGAGAUUUCUAUUCCAUUUUGUAGUUGUGCAAAAUUUGUUAGUCCCUUUACUAACACUAGAUGGGGAUCACGGCCUUUCCAGAACAGCUUGCCAUUCAUUACCAUGUAUAAUGUUUGCACUGAAACAGUCUGCCAUUUUCAACAUUGUGUGAUGAGCUGUCUGUACUUUUUGUUGUUUGGAAAGGCAAUGCUUUUUUUCUGGAGUCUGAAUUGGACAUCAUUUUUAUUUUUAUUUUCUUUGUAGAGAGAUUCAAGAAUUGUAUAGGGAGUAAAAUAAAAAUGGAAGUUAACAUGUAAUGUAGACAAGAACAAUCAGAACAGAGCGAAGCAGAAGCACAUUCAGUAUUGUCUUCCAAUAUUUUUUUGCUGAGGGUGCAGGUCCUGAAAAAUGGUUCAUCAUACUUCCAAUAGAGUUGUUGUUGUUUUGUUUUUGUUUUGUUUUUUUUGAUUCCCCUACAUGAAAGGGCGCAAAGUUAUAAACCCGUAUUUCCUCAUUAAUAAUAUCUAUUGUCAAUUUUUUCUUUUUUUUGGUAUGACAUUCAUUGGCAUAAUAGAAUCACCUGGCACUUUGCCAAUGUUGUGUCCAAAUAGUGGUAAAAUUGUCUAAUUUGGGAGGGGAACUCCUUCUAAAGGGAGGGGUUGGGAUGCAGGUGACUAAACAUGGUUAAGGGAACUCAUGGUAAACUGUAGUUGUUAUGGUGCCUAGACUGCUCCUUUGCACAGAUUUUCUAUCCUGUGUAAAUAUUUGGCGUUUUCUGCUUAUGUUUACGUUUUUAAUAUGAAACCCCCUGUGCUUGAGGGAUUAAUGUUAAAAUAUGUUUUGGUUUUGUUUUGGUUUUGUGUAAUCCUUUACAAUUUUUUGCAAAGGCGACUGAACAUUGCAUUUGCUGCCCUUGAUUCCAGCAUGUUUUACAGGAUUUAUGAGACCUUAUAAAAUUUGACCUUGAGCCUUCUACUCUGCCAAACAUAAUGCAUGUGAUUUAUAGCCUGCUGUUGGUUUUCUAUGGUGUUAAAACAAUUUCAUAACUUUAAACGUAUAGAUAGUUCCUUUAACAGAAUCUUUUUAUUUAAUUUUUCUUUCUUUUUUUUUUUUUUUUUAAAGUUGUAUUUUCCUUCUGGCUUUCAUCAUCUACCCGUGAUAUCAUUUGAUUUUUACAUACUGUCAACAUUUCUCUUGCAUUGCUUAACAUUGUCUGUGAAUUUCACAGCUAUGCCUCUAAAUAAAUACUUAGGAUAUCUAGCUGGUUAAUUAUUUUUUUUGCAGGAGGUUUAAAUAAAUGAUAGUUUCAGGCAACCAAGUUCACCACAAUUGGUGUAUGGUGAUCUAUAUUAAACUCUGAAUGUACCAUGCAAGCACCAUCAAACAAUAUAGAAAUAAUGAAAUCAAUGUAACAGAGUAUAUGUUCAAAAUGCUUUACAGGGGGGGAUUGGAGAUAUUUUGAAGUGCUAAACAUUGAAAAGGGGUUUAUCAAUCAAUGCCUUGGUUUGUUUUUAGUCCAUGGGUGCAUAGCUAAAAAAACCAAAAAUAAAGCCAUGUCUUCAUUACAUGACUAUAUGCAACAUUAUGUUCUUCCAUAUGUAACUUUCAUAAAGUUGGUUUAUGGGCAUUACAAUGGAUGUAAUGGAUGCAUUUUUAUAUGUAGAUUGGGACAAGCAGUUUACAUCAACUGCUUAUAUUGUUAUAAAGAAACCUCCCAGUCACAGACAAAUAAUUUGGACAAUGCUUGAUACUAAUUGAAAAUGUGUAUUUUAAAGGAGCAGUCUGAGUACCAUUAUUCAACUAAUGGUUAUAUUACCUUUAGUCUCUUGUUACCUUAUCUUAGGAGCAUGACUCUUCCUUGCACCCAGAGACCAACUAUCUCAGCCUCAUUGAUCAUGCAUAAUGUAAAUGUCGGCACUAUUGAUAUCAAUUUUGUCCAUAUGAUAGGCUACAGACGCUUGGAUAAGCAGACCUCAGCCCUCUCAGCCAGUCAAGCUAAGGGGAACAGUCUCUAGGUGCAGGACGGGGAGUCUCAGUUUAGUCAGUCCACUCCUAAAGAGCUUGACUUAAAAUCUGGAGAUGAGCUGCAGUGGUUGUGGUGCUUAGUGUUCCUUCUUUAAUAAAGUAUGUAUAAUGUAAAAAUGAUUACCAGUAGCAUGGAAAGAAUAGUGCUUCUUUUGAGUCUAAGUAUUUGAUGUUAUUUCUAGUCCAUAAAUUGGGGCUUAACAUUUGAAGUGCGAUGCCAAUAGCCAGACCUUAAGUUACCUGACACAGUAUACUCACCAGGAGUGAAUUUCUACUCACGAGUGCCACGUUUUCACUUGCUAAUAACUAGUGGCAAGUGGUAAUUGUGAUCCCUGGUCUAAAUAAAAUUUGACAUCUCAUGCAUGUGGAAUUACAUUCAUAUAAUUAUACAUGACUCUACUAAUAGAAAUUCCUUGCGCCCCAUAAUCUUUCUGUUAUGACCAGUUUAUGCACAGCUCUGUCCACAUACUUUGCAUGUUCUGUGUAUUGAAAGCAGGUAGUUAUCAUGCCAGACUCCACAGGAAGAAUAUAAACCAUACCUUGCGGGCAUCUGCAAGGCAUCUUAACCUCACAAAUUGAUACCUAGUGCUAUUGAAUAAAUGUUGCAUAAACAUCCUGUCUGUGAGACUGGUGCUUUAUUAUAACACAUACAGGUGUUAGCCCAUUUAAUAUCAGAGUGUGACAUGUUUCCAACAUGAUAUCACUUCCUGAAGGAUGGUUCUAAACCACAUCCUCAAGGUCAAUGACCUUAAAGUUGUCUCUGCUUAUGACUAGUGAAUCACGCCUGGCAAGGUCACCACUUCACCAGUUUUUAACCAAGAAUAGCGUCCCUUUGUAAACGGUGUAUGGAGACAGUUUAGAAUAACUUGGGAAGAGUUGUUAGCCAUAAUAUAAGGUUGGUACCUCACUGAACGGAAUCUAUGUCCCUGCUUGUCCAGUGAGUGGUGCAUGUACAUGUAUGUUUAUAAAAGGCCAUUAUGCAUACGUGCUGCAGGGGAUAGCAGGUCAGUGCCAUACACUGUGCCAGUGUGAGAAAGUAGGUCAACCAUGCAUUUACUUAACCUAUUUUCUCCCAGAUGCGAGCAGUUCGAACAGGAUACACCCAUUCUGUGCAACAUUCCUACCAUUAUUGUACAUUGGUGCUAUAAUGUUAACAACUUGUUGCUUCAGACUGUGCUGCAUGGGCACUCUUUUAUAUGUUUUUCAUAUGCUUUCUGCAUGGAUGAACUGUGUGUGUGUGUGUGUAUAGCAUUUGGGCUUCAAGCAAAGGACAUAGCAUAGUUUUAGCUUGAUGGACAGAAACAAACUGAUAUAGUAGCUUUUGACAGCAGUCCCUACAAGGUCACUUUCUGCAGGGAGGGAGGGAGGUCACCAUGUGAAAUAGUAGUACAGAUAAAGACGUGAAAGAUAAAUACAAUAGAUCAAAGAAAGGAGAAUAUGCUGGCUAGCUGUAGAUAUGGACAUGUGUGACUUGGGGUUAGUGAAAUAAGUAAGCGUUUUUGAAGAUAAGGGAGGAAGAGAAUUAUAGGUAAUUUUAGAGAUGUGUGUGUAUAUAGAAGGGUAAUUUUGAAAUAGCCAAUACAAACUUAAGAUCAUGGGAAGAGAGUAAAGAUGGAGUAUAGUAGAAGAGUUGUGGACGAUAAAACGUUUUGUUUUUAUUUGAUCAAAAAGCUUGAGAAGAAUUUGCUUAUUUAAAUAGUAGUAAAGUUGAUGAGUAAAAUCAGCUGGAUCUGUUUGCACAGGUAGGAGUGGAGUUGAUUGACUAUUGAAAAGAUGACUUCAUUAGUGAAAAUAUGAAAUGAGAGAAUUAACUGGCAUUUAGUGAUGUCUUGCUUGAGAAAUUGAUUUCAUGAGUCAUUUUAUUAUUUUAUUUGAGGCAGCUAGUUUAAAUGAGGCAUUAAGGGUGGGUGAUGGAUUAAACAAAUUCUGGUUAGAACCCAAUCAGAAUAAUACCCAUGCCAUAGAGCAGGGGUUGUCAACUUGGACCCUACCGUCCACUAGUGGACGGUUUGGGAUAUUGGGUGGUGGUGGCCGUGGGCCAAGGCUGGCAGGGGCGAUCUUUUCAUCUCCCCUGCCGGCCUAUGCAGAGCCAGCCAUGUUGUAAGCCCUCUCGGGCUGGUGAGGAGAUCAAAGAUCUCCCUUAGCGGUCCGCUGGCACACAGAACACUUCGGGGGGGGCGCACACGGCGACCUGCACGCACGCACACAAAAAAUAGCACUUGUGCUAUAAAAUAAGUUACUGCGGCACUGGUGGGCGGUAAGGAAAUUUUACCAUCAACAAAGAUACAAAAGUGGGCAGUAGGUAUUAAAAGGUUGACUACCCCUGCCAUAGAGAAGAAGCAGGAAUGGUUAUAUACAUGGUCAUGGGCAGAAUAGUAGUCGGGAACAAUUAGUAGGCUAAAGUGGCCUUUGCCUUUGACUACAUGCUGGUUGCUGAUUAAGGUUUUUUUUGGGGGGGUCUUUUUUUAAAGCCAUAGUGUAAAAAGUGAGCCAGAUUUUUAAUGGUCAAGCAGAUCAUUUGAGCAAGGAAUGUUUAUUAUGCAGCUAUGCAUAAUUAUCUACAAUAACUUGGAUACAAAAAUAAGAAGAUAAGUGGAAUGGUAAUUGGAAAGCGGAGGGCUUGUAGUAUGCACAAACAUAAAAACUGGGCAAAUAUACAGAGUUAAUGCAAGUGUCAAAUUGUCACAAAAAAGUGUUAAAUGUCAGUGUGUUGAAACUUUAUGGUGAAAAAGUCAAGUAAGGGCUGUGAAAGCUGCUAUUGAUUUACAAGUGAAAGGAUAUGUAAUUGGAAAGGAACGGAUGUGAUUACAGGUGAUUGUUUUCUCUCAUUUUAUUUUUUAAAUAUAUUUUCAACUUGAAGUUUUGUAACCUCAUAUUCAAUCUAUCUUUCUGCAGAAAUUGGAAGCAAAGUCUCUUAUUAAACUGAAUUUUACUAAGAAUCAAGAUGGUGAGUUGUUUAAACAUUGUCUAUAGCCAAACAAACCUGUCGUUCUGGUAACCUUUUUGUCUUACAGAAGUGAAAUCACAGAAUUUUAAUUAAGUCCUACAAAUAUUUUGAGGGUUAAGUGUGUGUCUUUUGUUGGUCUUUCUUCGUUUUAUAAUUGACAGGCCGUGUUUAACCUGUAAUCUAAGAGAAGAUGCCCCAAGUUGUGUUAGGACUCGAUGACCUAGGUUACUGUUGAUAAAAACACAGGGAUUAAAAACACAAAGGUCCUUCAGCAGAACCUGUUUAAAUCUUGUUUUGAUCUCAACUCCUCAGCGGUUGGUUACUUUACAUAACUACAAAAACAGAGAAUAUGUAAACUGAGAACAUACAAAAGCUUAGAGGAAUUCAGUAGCUUGCCCUUCAGUAAAUGUCUGCUCAGGUCUCAAAAUAGUUAUUGCUCACUUGUGCCAUUACAGAGAGAACCUAAUCCAAGGCAUAUCAGACUGAUCUCACCCAAAAGGGCAGUCCAGAACCGAAAUGCUGGCAAGUUCUCUCUGCACGAGAGAUACAGCAAUUCCAGAAAAUUGUUGUGGCUUUCUUUGGGCCUCAUCAGAGUGGUGUAGCUGAUAUCCCUAUAUUCAGUGACCAUGGGGUCCACAUCUGGAUUACCCUUUUGAUUGGGGGGAGAGCCAAGUUAAUGCAUUGCAACAAAAAACAGAGAAUAUGAAAACCCUGAGAAUGGUUUUACCUUUGGUAAAUCCCUGACACCUCGCUGACCAAGCCCAAAAAGGCCAAAACAAUCGCCCUAAGUUGCUGGCAUUUCGGUUCUAGACUAACCUAAUUGGUGGGAUCAGCCUGAUGUGUAAUGGAAUAGGUUCUCUCUGUAAUGCUACUGUGAUUCUCUAAGCUUUUGUCCUGAGUUCUCAUAUACUGUUUUUUGUUACUGUACAUAACUGUUUUGUCUUUUAGACAUUUAGUGAUGCGUAAUUGCUACUUGAUCCCAGGAUGGGAUGGAUUGAUAUUAAUAAUUUUUAUUCUUUCACUAACAUGCUAAACCAAUGAAUGCCAUUCAGUCUUGAACAUCAUUGAUAUUACUAAUGCUGAAGUAUAAUGCACACAAUAGCAGUAUGCACAGUGUCACAACAGUGACCCCUUCACACAGCGUGAAACCCACAGAAAGACGGUUACCGGACCUUAUAAUGGCCGGACUAGCGUCUGAGAAUAGUCAAAGGAAUAGCCAGAGGUCAAGGGAAUACGGAAGACGGGCACACUAUUAUCCAAGCCAAGUAACGGGAAAACAGAAUAGUCGGAGAGAUAGCCAAGGGUCAAUUACCAAGAAGGACAAACAGAGAUAAUAGCACCAGGGGACUUUAAACAAGAACCACACUAGGGCAUCUGACAAGUGUCAUGAUAGCCCUUUUAUAGUGUGGGUUCUUUGGCUUUAAUUUUGUAGCCACGCCCCCAAAAAGUCCGGGAGCGUGGCCACGUUUGAAUUUUGGCGGCAUUUUCUUGCUGACGUCGGCGCGCAUGCGCCGCGUCAUAAAGGUGGGCGUGUUCCGAGCGGCCGGCGUCAGAAGAGCUGAGCCGCCCCCCGGAAGUAUCGGAGGAGGACCCGGCACUGCGCGGGACCGGAGGGGAAAGGUAAGCGCUCGUUACACACAGAACUGGUGGACAGUGCCUUGGGCAGGUCUUAACCUCUACAAUCUGUAGUGGUUAUGGUGCUUAGAGUGCAUCUUUAAGAUUAACAUAUUAAGGUUGAAAUGUUGACAUUCUGCACAAUUCCUUUAUAUGCCUCUUUUUAAACUACUUUAAUACAUGUAUCUACCUUUAUAUUUUAAAGCGAAUUGCGACCCAAAAAAAUCACAGAAUUUUGGUUAAACUAUCCUGUUUUAACUUUAAAAAAAUUAAUUUAAAAAAGUUUACUUUCUAUGUAGUAUUAAUGGCUGUGUGUGUACUUAUCUUAGGUAUUGAAUAAGAUUGAUGCAAUCAAUAAUAAUGAAUUACACUUUCUUCUCUACAGGCAAGUAUCAUUGUCCCAUACUGUUCUCUGUAUUUACCAACAACUCUCAUAUUGUGGCUGUGAGCAAGACUGGCAAUGUUUUCUCAUAUGAAGUAAGGAAACUUUUCAGUACAUUUGGCCUUUUGUCUGUCAAUUGAUAUACAUUAGGUUAUCUAAUAUACACGGUUUAUCAAGCUUCCCUGUAAGCAUCCUAUCCUAUUUUUUUUCACGGUUUAUUUUUUUUCAUACCAUUCUGGUACUACCUGCCAUUCAGUACUAUUCUAAAUAAAUUGUCAUUCAUUAUACCUAUAACACUGUGUCCUACCAAUGUUUAUAUUAACUUCUUUCAUAUUACUGGGGAUAUGUGCAGCAUUUAAAACCAUUUUUUUGUGUGUGUUGUUUUUUUUGUUUUUGUUUUUUGUUUUUUUUUUAUACAUAUUCAGGCAGUAGAACAACUGAACAUUAAACCAAAGAAUUAUAAGGAUCUACUAACUGAUGAACCAUUCACCCGUCAGGACAUAAUAACUCUGCAGGUAAUCCUUUAAUUACUUGUGGUUAUAGUUGUUUGGGUUGAGAUGAUCACAAUUGCAUUGUAAUGCUCACCACACUCAACAAAGAAUCUUAACUGGCUGUAUGUUCUCACUAACGUUUAAAUACUUUGAUUGGUGUAACAUAUUUCAAGAAUGAUGGUUGUGUUACGAAUUUUCUCCAUAGUAGGUGAAUUGAAUGGGAAAGUUUAGAUAGCAAGGUUAUUUACAGCAGAGCGUUCCUCAACAUUGCCACAGUGUAGCAGAGCUCCAAUAUCCCGACUGUGUAUCUCCGCUGAUUCCGCUUCAUAGGUAGAAGUACUGCUGGUUAGUAAUUAUAACUCUCUCCCCCCCUCUCCCCCCUCCCCCCCCAGUAACUAGACAACUUGAGCCAAAUGCAUCCUUUUAUGUCCAGGCCCUCAGCCUGGGAAUCUCUAUUCAAUACAUGCAGUGCCUUUUGUGUCCAGGAGAUAAUGAAGUUGCUGUUCGCUAAACUAAUUAUCUCCCGGAUACAGAGUUCCUAAGACAAAACCCACCCCAAAACAUAAUAAAGACACACAGGAACCCCACAUAUUAUACGUUCCGAGAUAGCUCUGAUCUGAGCGCCCAUGUUGGCAAAAUAGCACUCAGAUCCAUGAAGAGAUAACAAAUCACCACCGGGGUAAAGUUUUGGCCAGCCGCACACGUGGCCUAUGGCCAAAAGAGUUCCAGCGCAAUUAGAGCUUUGCCGGUCAAAUAUCUGGAGCUCCUAAAGCCACACAAAAGGGGGCUCCCCCUGCCUCGCCAGGAGCGAUUGUUUCAUUUUGUUUGUAGUACCUUCACUCUAAAUAGUACUCUUCAAGCAGGUCGCAAAGUAGGGCAAAACAGUGGACCAAGGUGACCGAGAACCGCAAGGCAAAGUGGCAGAGUUAGAGUUCCAUAUGGUUUGCGGCCAAGUGCCGCUGGGGACCUUUUGGUAGUUUGUGUAUGAAUUACUGCCAGGGAGAGGGCGCUUUCCGCAAUAACGUUCAGAAGAAGGGAAGGCACUGAAACGGGGUAGUAAUAGCCCUUUUAGGUAAACGUUAAAGGAAACAUAAGACAAGGUCCACCACACACAAUUCUCCUUUCCAUGUAUAAAUUGAUUAAUGAAAGCUACUUUUGUGUCUUGUUCCAACAAACUAGUCUUUGAAAGAUGGCGGGAGUACCAGUUGGGUGGAUGAACUUGAUAGGCGAAGGACAGAAAGAACUAGGGGUUAAAGAAGACUCGACUGCUUUAGGAUGAAUGGAGUAUAAAGUACAGAGGAUUUCCUUAUCCUGGUCGAUAAUCCUUAUCACAAGCAAAGAAAGAUUACAUGGCCAGGCUAAAAAGCUUAGGAUUUAUAUUUGAAUUGGCUAUCAUUGCCUGCUGCUUUCGGCUCUGGCUGAAGUUUUUGAAGAAUUAUAAAUUCAGUGCUGACAAAUAGUGUACAACUAUAAUAAACUGAUGGCAAUUGACACAUUUAUGGACAUAAUAAUCCUGGUGUUGUAUAUUACAUGUCCCACACACAGGAGAUUGUUUUAAAAUCACGAAUCAUGAGGAGCUUGGCUUGUUAGUAUUAUUACUAACAUUUAAUUUUUUCUUGCUUUCUGUCGGUUUUCCAAAGCUGCAAUCAAAACCAUUUUCUGCUGUCUAGAUGGCAGCACAAAUGUGCAGAACAUGUGCAGAACACUUGCAAUUUCUGAUCAGAUGUUACAGAAGUGAUUUAUGGUAGUGGUUAGGUCAUCUGAGAUGGAGGUCAAAGUCUCAUCAGCAAUCUGACUCAUGUCCCUGGAGGAGUUAUUGUAUAGAUACAGAAUGAUUGUAAUGCAGAUCAACAAAACCCUGUCCUCUUCUGCAAUGUAAUAAAUGCAUCAGUCUCUGUGCAUUUACCAUCUCUGUUUUAAUAAAGCAUGUGCUGUCAAAUGCUUAUACCCUCCUCUGUACUGCAAUGGCCACCGUUAUCUUCUUCCCCUAAGUGAAUUAUUAUAGAGAUUAAAUCACUGCUCCUUGUAGAGUUGCAUCUACAUCAACACACAUGUGGUAGAUACCAAUACAGUAAGAUUGUUUAACAAUAUAAUUUAGUGUCUUGAUUCUGUCAUGAGUCAGAUGAUUACCCGAUAUCUGUUUUUAAAUUGAAUAGGAUAAAAGCUUUUCUAAUGUGAUAUCAGAAUUCACAUCAAACUACUGGAUUCACCGUUGUGGGUUUUUUGUUUUGCUUUUUUUUUUGUUUGUUUUUUUUGGGGGGUUUAUUUAAACUUAUUAAUAUAUCAUUAACAUGAAAAACAUUGCAUACAUCGCAUAGAAAACUACAACAUAAGAUGAAACCUAGUUAAACAUUUCACAAUAGUUUUAUAUAUAUUUCCCUUCUUUUUCCAUUAUCUGUUUUAUCAACAAAAAGAUGUUGAUUGAUCAGUUUAUACAUCAAAUCUGGUUUGUUCGGUGUGGGAAGCAUGCCAACUGUUAAAUGAUCUAUUAUUGUAAUAUGGUCUUCUUUACUAGAAUACAUAAAAACGUAAAAGCUUUAAGUAUCUGAUACAAUUAGGUAGGGUCCUGUCUAGGUCCUUCAAUAUGGAAGGCAAUUGUCCCCAUUAGAAAAGUAAAGAUACUAAACCAAGUACAACAAAUUGUGUUUUAAAAAAGGGGGAGAGAAAAGAAAACUAUAACUGAUAACUGAAUCUGGUUCUGUUAUAAGUCUAAACCAUUUUACUCGCAAAUCCAUGGGGAGAUGUAUAACAGAAGUGGGGGAAAAAAUAGGAAAUAAGUAGUUAUGGUUGAGGACAGGAAGACUUGGUUCACUACGAUGAGAUCAUAAAAUUAGAGAUAUUAAAAAGGGAAAGAAAAGAAGGAAGAAUUGAUCAAGGCUUGUUUUUCCCCAAGUCAUUACUUGAGAAUUUGACAGCCAAGGAUUCCACAUUUUAUGGAAUUGUUCAGAAGCACACUAUAUAAGAUUUUUCUCAGGCACAGAGGAUUUUGGGAUUAAACCCAUGUUUUGUGUUAUGGUGCAGCCCUCCUAUUCUUUCAUACUGUUGAGUGGCUUAAAAAUAAAAUCUGUCCCCUGGCAUACAGAGGCUGGAUCCUCUAUUGCUGCUCUGUUAAUGCAUAAGCUUCGUUGCCUUACCAUUUGAAAGUUGUAUCAUUGCCACAAAAAGAGUGCACCACAACCAUUUUAUGAUCCUAAUGCUAGGGUGCUCCUAAAAUGCCAUGAAAUAAACAACCUUGAAUGUUUUAUUACAUUGUAUACAAGAAUCAGAAUUGCUGUUUAAACCAGACACCAUGCUGUACUAAAUGUUAUGUUCAUUCUUGAAAUAACCAACAUUAACGAAACUUUGCCUUUUUAAAAUGAGAACUACAAAUUCUGCAAAUCUGAACCACGUUUAAUACUUGGUGAAUAACCCUGCGUAUAUUUGUAUGUCCUGUCUGCAUCAGGGCUGAGCUUAGGUGGAGUAAAUUAGCCCAGAGCUGCUAUCGCCGCUCCAGUCCUUGACCUGUACCUGGCCAGCUGGUCUCCAGUGGACCCCAGGAAAGCCAUCAACACUUCUAGGCAUACACAGAGCAGUCCUCACAAACACAACACCACUGACAAUCCACAUACACGCACACAAUCACUCAAACAGUCCCUCACAUACACACACCACCAAACAUGCAAUAUGACAUGCCAUCAAGAAAUACAAUUCCACAAGCAGCCCCGAUACACAACCCACAUUCAUAGGUAUCAUACACGAUACCACAAACUAUACAUGAACCUAUGUAACAGCCCAAAUAUGCACAAACACAAUGCUACAAAACAACUGCAACACCCAUAAAUAAAACACAAUAUGGCAACAUACACACCUCAAUUAUAAAAAAAAAAAAUAAAAAAAAAAAUUGGACUGACACGCCAAGGGACUUCAAGAUCUUGUUUUGGCGCUGUACUACCAAAAUGUUCCCUACCCCUGAUCUUAGGGCUACGCUAGUGACCUAAAAGCACCAUUUGUGUAGACUAGGUAGCCUCAUGGCAGAUCCCUACCCCUAUGCACCUUUGGGCACUUUUAAGCAUCAAUUUACCUGCAAAAUUAAGUUAGCGUGUUAUAAACAUGAAACACUGUAUUAUAAGCUAUUUUUCACAAGUGACCUGGUGGAAAUAAAUGACAAAAUGUAAUUUCCGUCUUUCCUAAUUUCAUUCCUUUCUAUGGUCUCCUUCAGCAACAUCUUUAUUUUUUGUGUGUGCGCUUUCUCAUUCUGCGAUGGAGAAGGGUGUAAUACAUCUCUUGUGCAUAAUGUGUGACAAGUGGCAACCUAAAAGGCCUUAAACUGACACUGCUCUAGUAAAGGAAAGAUUGAUAUGCACACAGCUGCAGUUAAGAAUAUUUUAAUGGCUCACAUACACAAUACAGUAUUUUGGGAACAUGACAGCCUCUUCACUCUUCUUAAUAAUCUUUCACUUCUGAGUCAGAGAAUCUGGCAUUAGGAAGCACGUGCUACUCUUCAAAAUGUAAUGAAGUUACCUAGAAAAAUGACAAUAAUCAAUACAAUAUAAACUACUUUUUAAAUCUCUCUAUACUUGUGUUAUUAUAAACCACCACCUCUCUGUCUUGAAAUACACGAUACUGAGCUAGGUGGAAUACUGAGCCAGGAGAGAGCUUGGAAUAAAGCCUUUACAGUUUCUUCCUAAUAAGUACAGAAGCAGAGAUUUGUUUGUAGGAGCAGUACUGUAAUAACAUGAUGCCAUUUUAUGAUGCAUUUAACAGCAUUCCUGUGCGAAAGGCAAGAUUUUUUUUAGCCAACAGUUUUAUGGUAACACUCUAAAGACAAAUGUCAGCCAUGGCAUCAAGUACCUUAUUUAGUCUGCUCUAUAGAGUUUGGCCAAGGACAAAUGUGUAGAUUAAUCAAUAUCUGAGUAAGCCAGCUUUGCUUAAACUUUUACUUUUUUUUUUUUCGCAGCUCAAAUUAUGUAUCGGCUUUGCGACCCAUUCUUCCUUUAGAAAAUGUAUUUAGUGACCCAUCAUUCAAGUGUUAUAGAUUAAUGUAAAAACACUUUACUCUUCCCAGUUUUAAAGGGGUCACCAGUGCACAGUUAAGAAGGUAAAGUAAAUAACUUCCUGGGAACAAUAUAAUGUGCCUAUUCCCACCAAAUCAGGUCCUCUGAAAUGGAUAUUGAAACCCAUUUUUGGAUGGCAAUGUAAAGGUUAGAAAUGAUUGGGUAUAGGUUUCCAAGUACCAGAUUGCUGUUGUGGUAAUUUAGCAGUUGUAACCUAGUGUAGACUGGUUUUCUUUUUAAAGAACUGUCAUGUUUAAGAUGAGAAACAAAGGGUGAUACUUUAUUUGUUUACUAACUGGGGUACUACCGGUAUGUUUAAAGGACCCUUGUCUUGAAGCAUAAUGUAUCAAUAAAUAUCUCCUUUAAAUAUAGUAACACAAUACACUGGUUCAACAGAUAUGAUCACCUCAAUAAUCAAAUCGUGAAGCUUUGAUCACUAGCCAAGAUGAAAACUUUGUACUGAAGGGUCAUGGCAAAAGUUAAUUAUCUUGUCAAGCAGAUCCACUUUCAUGAAAAGUAUCUUGUGUUGCUGUGUAUGGUUAAAUGGUGUAAAAAUGUUUACAUUUUCAGGAUAUAAAAGUUCUUUAAACAAUAAAGUUUUUCUUAUGUCUAUGCCAAUUAUAAAGUCUCAAGUGCAUGACUUACCUCUUAUCUUACCUCUGGGUCUUUGUAUCUGGCACAGAGCCCACAAUACUUUGGAGAUUGCAGCCAGAAGGCUUCAUGAAAGUGUGAUAAAUCUGCACAAGGAAGGCAAAUGAAUUUGAUUACUGUGAAUACAGUUUAAUGUUUUAUAGAUAGGACAGUGGACAUACGAGUCUAUGAUCUGAAAUAGUAAUUUCAUCAACCUGUCAAAUGGAAUAGUAGCUCAGAAAAAAAAUAAUACAGUGAGCAAUGAAUAUGUGAUGAAUAUUGUGGAGGUUUUGUAUAUGUUAACUUUUUUUUUUUUUGGUCUCCAUUGUAUUGCACUUCAUUACAUAGCACACCUAGCAAUUGAGCCAAGUGGCAGAGUAUAACUGUUGGAACUCACAUCCACAUUAGCACUUAAAAGACAUCAUCCUAUAAUAAUUAAAUUAAGAUUUGCCUUGGGCAUUACAACCAAAAAUAAUGCUACACAGGGUGUUACAGCAUUCAAUUCUAGAUGAUACUUUAUCUGCUCAGCUACAUUUUAUAAAGCGUUAAAAUUAAAAUGAUGUGAAAGCGGUAAAUAAUUUGGUAGCACACCCCAUACAUUAUUCAUAUAUAACAUGUAUGGCCAGCACAACCACAUUCCUUUUGAAUUGUUGAAUUGCUCAUCAUGGUGUGAUGUAUGAUAGACAAAAUAAUAUACUUUGCAGAAUGUAAUUGUAACCUAUCUCAGAUUCAAGGUAAAUGGAGUUUGAUUCCUAGUCUGGGAAGGGAAUUUGUAGUUUAGUCUGCUUUAGUCAGCAGAGAUUACAUUUAAAAGAGGAAAUUUGAUCAAUUUGGAUGGGUUUCUGCACAAAUCAUGCAGGAAUUUGUAUUUGCCAAGAUCUUGUAACGUAAAGACCCAUACAGUUUUAUUUUGUGCUGCUGUAAUUUGUGAACACCGAUAUCCUAAACAAAAUCCAAUGCAACUCGUCAUGUUGAAGGAAAUCAUUAAAUGUCCUUUACAAUAAAUGUCAAUCCUGGGUGUGCCCCAAACAUCUCUAUUCCCCACCAUCACACUUUGAGGGUGGGUGCUAAAUAAUCCAAAGAAACAACCUGAUGCAAUAAGAAUUGCUAUUCAUUCUUUACUCUGGUGCUGUCCAAAUACAUACAAAUUUUAGGACAGUAGCCAAACUAAAUGCAUAGCUGACAUGGAAAAUCAUCACAAUUUGGCUUUUGUGACUUUACAUUUGAAAUUUACUUUGAAUUGACAUUUUGUUGCAAUAGUAGGGAUUUCUACACAGGUGCUGUGCAUAGUCUUUAAAGCGUAGGACUUUGUUAAACCAACACGUGAGAGAUGCUGGUUAUGGGCACUCUCUGGAUUGCCAUUUAUUUUAAAGGACAUGUUGUGCAGAAUGAAGAGUUGCUUUAUAUUUUGUUUAUGAUAAUUGUGUUCACAAAAAAUUUCUGCAUGUUUUUCACUUGACAGCAUCCAGGUAAAUGUUAGCACACCACAAAGUCCCUUUCAGUAUGUUGGAGGCAAAAAUUCUUCAAACCAAUCAUGGGCAAUAUUUGAUUCUCUGACCCCCACAGGAUCCAACCAAUUUGGACAAAUUCAAUGUUUCCAAUUUCUUCCAUGUAAAGAAUAACCUGAAGGUCGUAGAUCCUGGUGAGUUGGCUUUAAAUUCUUUUGGGGCUGGGUGGAUGUUUAAUUUUACACGUUCUUCCAUCUUGUGUAAAAGACGUGAUGUUUUAUGAGCAUACUUUUACAUGAACUGUUGGCACGCACUUGGAGACCACUGAGCAGCCGACUUUACAUAGCAGUAUGUACAAUAAAAAGUGAACAUAGAAUGUCUAGCUGGUAAGAGAAAAUAUAAGGUUAUCAUUCAACAUCUUUCUUUGGGCACCAUCAUUUAUUCAAUAUACCCCUUUUUUUUUUUCUUUUUUUUUUUUUUUAAAAGAAUGAUGACCAAAAAAGAGUUGGGAGGUGCAAAAUGGAACACUUUAUUUAUUAACUAAUAUAGCACUCCAAAUUAAAUAUUUAAAAUGUUUUAUACUUUCUUUUUCUUGCAUUUUGUUUUUAACCCCUUAAGGACACGACAUGUGACAUGUCAUGAUUCCCUUUUUAUUCCAGAAGUUUGGUCCUUACAGGGUUAAACAUUAAACAUGCAAUAUGAAAAACUGAGGAAACUUAAAUAAUGCAGUAUGUUCUUAACCUGGGACAGGCACAAAUAUUCUAAUAUCUAUAACACAAAAUGGAGAAAUAAAGUAAACAGAGUGCAGGUCAGGAGUCCGGAUACAUGUCAAGGGCACAUGAGCUGCACCACUGUAUCCACCUAAUAGGGAGCUCCAAUGAGGGGGUGAUGUGUAGAGUCCCACAAGGGGAAACCAACAUCAGGAGAGCUCCACUGUAUAAGAAAUGAGGAAAGGAGGCCCUACCUUUAAUCAAUCUCCCUUUUUUUCAAGUUAUACUUUUUGUUUGCAUAUCCCUUUUUACCUUAGAUUGAUUAAAGGUAGGGCCUCCCUUCCUCAUUUCUUAUAUAGUGGAGCUUUCCUGAUGUUGGUUUCCCCUUGUCACAUCACCAACUCCUAUUACCUAAUAUCUAUAACACUUGUUGCAAUUAGGAGUAAAGCAGGCUGUAUAUCAUAUUGUAAAUAGCCCAGCAGACAACACUCCUUGUGGCAAUCUAUUUAGUUACUUGCUUAUCUGUGGCAUCCAAAGUCUAGUAAUGUCGGGCAUAUUGAUCGUAUCAAACGAGAACUAUGGAUCAUUAAAGGACCACUCUAGGCACCCAGACCACUUCAGCUUAAUGCCAGCUAGGGUUAACCCUUUUUUUUUUUUUUUUUAAAUAAACAUAACAGUUUCAGAGAAACUGCUAUGUUUAUGUUAGGGUUAAUCCAGCCUCCAAAUCCUCUAGUGGCUGUCUCAUUGACAGCUGCUAGAGGCGCUUGCGUGAUUCACGCAAGCGUCCAUAGGAAAGCAUUAUGAAUGAUUUCCUAGGAGACAGGCUGAAUGCGCGCGCAUUCAGCCGAAAAGGGAGGAUCGGAGGCGGAGAGGAGGAAGAGAGCUCCCCGCCCGGCGCUGGAAAAAAGGUAGGUUUUAACCGCUUCCUCUCCCCAGAGCCGGGCGGGAGGGGGACCCUGAGGGUGGCGGCACCCUCAGGGCACUAUAGUGCCAGGAAAAUGAGUAUGUUUUCCUGGCACUAUAGUGGUCCUUUAACCUUUUUUUCUAUGAACAUAGCGGUUUCAGAGAAACUGCUAUGUUUAUAAAUGUGUUAAUCCAGCCUCUAGUGGCUGUCUCAUUGAUUUUCACAGUGAGAAGACGCCAGCGUCCAUAGGAAAGCAUUGUGAAUGCUUUCCUAUGGACUGGCUGAAUGCGCGCGCUGCUCCUACUGUGCAUGCGCAUUCAGCUGGAGAGGAGGAGGAGGAGAGCUCCCCGCCCUGUGCUGGAUAAAGAGGUAAGUUUAACCCCUUCCUCCCCCUAGAGCCUGGCGGGAGGUGGUCCCUGAGCGUGGGGGCACCCUCAGGGCACUAUAGUGCCAGGAAAACGAGUGUUUUCCUGGCACUAUAGUGGUCCUUUAACUAAAAUUCGGAAUUAUAAUGCAACACAGAUGCCUGUUGUUUAAUGAUACUAUAAGGUAGAGGUGAAAUGAAGUUCAUUUUUAGAAAACGGAGUUGAAGAAAACCAAAAACCAUAAAUUUGUGGCGACUCUCUCAGGCUUAUAAAUCCUUGUUAUAUCUGUAUGACAGGUGGUACAAAAUCUGUAGCAAUCUAUUGGUUUCUAUGGGAUAUAUAGUAUCCUUUGAAAUUCUAGUCACAAUUUGUUCUAGACUCCCCACGAUUAUGUAACUUGGGAAAGUCUGAUUUCAUUUGAGACUGGAGUUCCAAAAAAAAUACUUUACUGUUGCAGUUGCUUCAUUUUUAAAUGGUUUUUAUGUAAAAACACAUGGAUAAACUCUUCCCUUGCUCCAGUCUGCCUACGGAAGGAGCUAGCAUUAUAGGUCCUGUGACAAAAGGGCAGAUUUGUGUUCUUUUCUCUAGGCAAUGGUUGUAAGCAGUAUAUAUGUGAUUAGUUAGAUAAUAAUGUGUAAUUGUAAUAAAUAAAACUAAUCAAUUGGGGUUUUUUUUUUUGUUUGUUUUUACAAACCUCCAUUUUAUAUACAGUUUGGAAUUCUUUAUCUGGUUUGUAACGAGUACCUGGAGAUCCACACGGUUAAUAAAUCGUUGGGAAAUCUUUGGUCGAGAUUUAUUUUCCCUGCUCUGCACAUGUUGUUGCAGAAGCCUACUGAGUAAUGUUCGGUUUUACCAUAUUAUGCAAACUGUGUGCAUUGGGUAGUAUGUGCUUGUUGGUUUACUGUGGAUGGAUAUAGCAACAGCCUAGUUUAGACAUUGGCUGGUAUCUCAUUAAAUUUACUGUUUUCAUUGUUCUACACAACUGUGUUGCGAUAACACAUAUUUCAAAACUCUUAAAUGGUACCUGUCAUGACAAAUACAAGGUAAUCUUAAAUGAUGAUCUAGAAUGAAAUUUCAUCUGUAUAUUGUGCUAACAGAAUUUCUAGCAAAUGUCUAGAUUUCUCUAAAAUCAAAUAGAAAAAAAAAGAAACUUUCCCACCUCCUACUGUCCGUCAAUUCAGUCUGUGCCAUUUGGCACAGGAAUAAUAGAAAGCAUGUCUGUCUUUAGGGAAAAGUCCUCCUCUAGACAUUUUUCCUGCUUGCCUUUGACAUAAAGGAAAUGGUAUUAAGGGAAGAGACCCUUAAUUGGGUAACAUGAGCCACACCAGAUGGUUAGAAAACUGCAAACCUAUAUCAUGACAGGUUCACCUUAAAAUGGGGAUUCUGUUAUGUUGCAUUUUAACGAAGGCUAGGGAAAGUAAAGGGGUUGGGUUACCACAUUACCCUGAAAUUUUUUUAAAAAAUUGUUAUUUCUUAUUUAUAAUUAUGGGUAUUUUUCCUGGACUUUUCUACCACCCGAGCUGGGGUUUUUCCAUUUGUGUUAAUCUUUUAAGAAUGCAUUUCAUUUAAAGCAUUGCCUUUUGUUCUCCUUAUGUGUUUGUCCUUUAAAAUCUUUUCUGAAAUGUUUUUUUUUUUUUCUCAGCUGUGUAUUUCUCCUUUGCACUUUAAGAGUUGUAGAUAUGUGUUUUUGUCUGUCUUUGGUUAGCAUACAUUGCAUAUAUGGAUCCUGGAUAGUUGUAUCUAGAAUUAAUUAUAAACACCAAUUGUAAUUAUUUAUAUAUACUGUACAUGUUAUAUUUAAUGUCUUACCAUUUAUUUGUACGUGUGUGCAGUUUAUGGCCUUUUGCCUUUGAGUGCCCUCCUUUUGAUAUUAAUUUGGCAAUAUAAUGUAAGACCAUAUACAGAGUAUGAAAAUCUUAUUAAAAUGUUGUGGGGAUGCAUGUUAACAUGCAGUGGAAGAUUAGAAUGUAAUGUAUUUAUUAGGUGCUCUAACACGGUUAAUGUUUUAGAGGAAGAGAAAGCUCGUCAGAACCCAUCCUACUACCUAAAAAAUGCCAACAUGGAGACUCGGGAGACACUGAGCGAGCUUUAUAAGGACUAUAAAGGAGAUGAAAUGUUGGCUGCAACGAUGAAGGGGACUGAGAAAAAACAAACUGAUAAACUUAAUGCAGUGAGUGGUCCUGAUAUCUAUCUACUAGUUUUUUGUCCGUUUCAGCCAACCUGUUCCAACCUUUGCUACUCCUGUCCAGAGACUUAUAAUCUGAAAAUUGUCAUAAUUUCUUAUAAAUACGAAGGCGAAAACGUUUUAUAUUGUAAUAUACCUUGCUUUGUAUUUGUUUCUAACAAAUCUAUAUGUUAAUAACUUGUUAAUGCAUCGCCUAGCUUAACCUUGCUCCAUGAGGGCUGCCAUGUUUGCUCUCUUUGGUCAGAAGCCCUACUUUGAGAUUUUUGAACAGGAGGACUUAAAUAUGAAUACCUUUUGAGAGCAAAAGUAAGCCAGCAAAUGCACUGAAGAGGUAUUAAGUUAUAGGUAUGUUUUAGAAAAUCACAGACCCAGAGUAUAAUACAGGUAAUCUUUUUAAAUGUACCACCAUUAGCAUAGUUUUUAGCUUAUAGCAAAACUGUCAUAAUAAGUUUGUUUUAACAGGCUCCCUCAAUGGACACUGAACAUAUGGUUUGUCAAACUUUUACCGCCACCACUAUGUGCACGUUACAGCCAUUCCCACUCAUAACUUUAUUCUGCUGACAUUGUAAAAGGAUUGGUGCUGCUUUGGGACACCUCCCAAAGUAGGGCAGUCCACCUCCAUGAUGGCUUUAUUUCCAGUGCUCCGGAGACUGCACAGAAUGAAAUGAGGGACUCCAUUCUAUAGUCACACAGGCAGUACUUUUAGCAUGCACUAUGUCAACUAUGCCAGAGAGCAGAUGUGUUCUGCUCUCCCUAUCAGUCAGUCUUUGGCACAGACAUCCAUGUUGAAGAAUUGUUUGAUAGGUGGGAUAGGGUCCUAUUUUUAAAUAGGUUUUUGUCCCAAUCAAUACAUUUUCUAGCAACUUUGUCAGCACAAUGUAUAAUGUAUAAAAAUAAAAAAAAAACACAAAAUGUGUGGUGUUCCCAUUGUUUCAUAUUAAAUCAUCAUCCAAAUUCCCAAAUAGACAACACUGUCAGAAAACCAAACAAUGCUAGCAAGGUGGAUCCUUAAAUGUACUUAAUUUAUUUGUGCAAUGUGCAACAUGGUACUACUAAAGACAAUAUAAACAGACUUCAUACGUGACAUGGGAUCCAGAUAGUCUAUAUUGUAGAUACUACAAAAAGAAAAAUCUUAAUCACAGAUUCCUGCACCUAUAAGAACGCGAGUGGGAGAGGAAGGUGAUGAAGGUUAGGUAUACAACCCAGAAGAACACCUGAUACGUUUCACGUUCACCCUAGUACUUUAUCAACAUGCAGGGAUCAGGAUUUCAAACUUAUAUUUUAUUUUGUUUUGUAGUCCGAUCAGGUAGAUUUACAAUAAAAUAAAUUGUGUUUACUUGACACACCUAUUUUAAAGUAUUGCCUAGAUCGCCAUUCUGAAACACCUGUAAAAAAAAGUUUACAUUUUCAAAUGUUAUUUCUGUUAAGAAAUUAGCAAAUUUAUUUUUAACCUUUUUAAUGUGCCAGUGUGGUGAACUUUCCAUUGACAGAAAUCAUACUUAAAUAUAACAGUGUCUGCACUGCCUCCUCAGUGUGUAGUAUUAUUCCUCUUGAAAGUAGUUCCAAUCUAACUUGAUGUCCUAUAUCUUUCCGAUAGGCUCAUUAUUCUACUGGAGCAGUAAGCGCUUCCUUCACAUCCACAGCCAUGACCCCUGAAACUACUCAUGAAGCUGGUAAGGAGUUUUGUUCCUGUCAUAUUUCUGUUGUCUGGAUGACGUUUUGGUGUGCUUUCCAAGAAUAAUCCUGGACUGUAACCCCUUUAAGCAGAUGUGCCGCCCUCUUGUCUCUCUCAAUAUUAUUUUGUGUGCUAAUCACGUGUUGUCAAAUAUCCCAAUUCUAUUUAAAGCACUGCAGAAAAUGUUGGUACUAUAUAAAAUAUAAUAAUGAAGCAGUUAUCUUAAUCUUGUCAGUGAGGCUAAAAUCACAUUAAAGUAUUGCAUUGUGAGCUACUACUUAUAGAAAUAUUGAAAGUUUGGUCGCAUUGUUGGUUUCCACAGGAAUUGUCACAAGCUGCGUGUUUUAGAUAUCACUUGACAUUGGAAUUUCUUUAAGUUAAUUGUGUCAAGUACUCAAUUAUAUUAAUAUGGGCUCAGAAGUCCACAUAGGGUGGGCAAAGACACCACUGCCUAAUCACAUCUAUUCUGUGUGAUUGAUUCAGUGAUUUUUAGGUAAAAGCCCGUGGUGCGAAUUCUUAUUUUUGUCUUUGACUCCUCACCUCAUUGGUCCAUUGAGACCAGCCCUUUGUUUUUACAGAAUAUAGAAUCACUGUUUGUUUGGAUCUUUUUAAUAGAUUACUCAUUUCAUUAUUGCCUGCUAGUUUUGUUUUUAUUCAUGCUACAAAGAUUUGUGGGUAACUGACUGUUUGUUACCUUCCAUAUCAAUCCAUGAACUAGCAUUGUUUAUAGUAUGUCGUUAAAUGACUGCUAUAUCAUAAGUUUGUGUUUAUGUGCUAAUCGACUGUGUCAUAUUUUAAUCACAUGCUAGAACUAUUGUUCCCUUUUUAAAAAAGGUUUGUAAGUGGAAUAACCAUUUUUAUUUCCCAAACUCCUGCAGCUGUCAUUGCAGAAGACACUGUGCGUUAUCAGUAUGUGAAGAAGAAGGGCUAUGUUCGAAUACACACCAACAAGGGCGACCUCAAUCUAGAACUCUAUUGUGACAAGGUUUGCCUCCACAGUGCUGUACAGUGUACUAAAUACUCAGGGGUCAAGUCCUGGGGGAAAAAAGUGUUGGAACUCACCAAAGAUCCACCUCUUCUCUUGUCCCCCCUCCCCCCACCCCACCCCACCCCCAGGUGCAACAUUUUAUAAUUAACAUUUACAAUAUUUAAUUUAAAAACUUAUGGAGUGAUUGACAUUUAAAGGUGAGACAGGAGGAUAGUGUGUGGGGUGUUAUUGACAGCAGCGCAGUGACAGACAGGGCUGAACUGGCCCACCGGGAUACUGGGAAAUUUCCCGGUGGGCCGCGGCACCUGUGAGGAGCAGGCUCCUGUGAUCCCGGCCGGCUAUGUGUGAGCCGGGGGAGCCAGGUGGCCGGCACAGCUCACACAUGGCCAGCCGGGAUCAUUAAAUAAAAAAUUUGACGCGCGGGUGGAGCCGUGUGUGCGGCGGGGCGGAGCUUAGCAUGCGGCAGGGGCCCUGGUAACUGCAGCAUGGGAAGCAGGAAGGAGUCCCUGCUUCCCCAACAACCAGCCUCCAGGAGCUCCAAUGGAUGUGGAGGUAAGAAGCAGGUCAGUGUGUGACUGUCUGCCUGUGACUGUGUGUGUGUGUGAGAGACUGCCUGUGAGAAGUAGGUCAGUGUGACUGCCUGCCUCUGACUGUGUGUGUGUGACUCUGUGUGUGUGUGUGGAUGUCUUUGUGCGUGCACAUCUGCUAGUAAGGGAGCCUCUGUGUGUGUGUGCGCGCCUGAUAGUGAGUUUGUGUAUGUGUGCCUGCUAGUGAGUGGGCUUGUAUGUGUGACAGUAAGCUUGUCUGUAGGGAUUAAAUGUGCGUGUUAGUGAGCUUGUCUGUAAGGAGCAUGGGUAUGUCAGAGCCUGUCUUUGGUGAGCAUGUGUGUACAGUGAGCUUGUCUGUCGUAAGCAUGAGUGUGAUCAUGAGCUUCUCUGUAGUGACCAUAUGUGUGUUAGUGAGCUCUUCUGUAGGGAACACGAGUGUGUGCACAUCAGUGAGCUUGUCUGUAGUGAGCUUGUGUGUGUAUCAGUUUGUCUGUGCUAAAUUUGUGUGUGCGCCAGUAACCUUGUCUGUGUGUGUGUGUCAUUGAGAUUGUCUGUCAAUGAGCCUAUUUGUGUGCAUCAGUAAGAUUGUCUGUGUGUGAGUAUGCUUUACUGUAUAAUUUAAUUACCCUGAAAGAACUAAUAUUUUGAAUUAGAAGAAGAAAUGUAUCAAUAAAAUAUAUACACUCUAUUGUACCUUGCACUCAGGCUUCAAAGUUGUGUGACCGGGUGCAUCACCAGGGCUCCAGUAUCCAGGCAAUUGAAAUAGUUGGCUGCACUCUCAGAUUUCCUUAAAAUGUAACUUUUAUUGAAAUAUUUAAGAAAAGAUCAACGUUUCAGUCCUUCUUGUGGACUUUCAUCAUGAUCCUGAUGCAAUUCCAAAAGAGGGAUUGAAACGUUGAUCUUCUCUUAAAUAUUUCAGUAAAAGUUAAGUUUUAAGGAAAUUCAAGAGUGUAGCCAACUAUUUCGUGUGCGUGUGUGUAUAUAUAUAUAUAUCUAUAUAAUCUCCUACAUAGCACAAUGACUUAUGGGGCUGGCAUAGAUUUUUAUUUUUUUUCCCCAGGGCUGCUUCGUAUCCCCAGUCCGGCCCUGGUGACAGAGUAUGACUGGCAGGCAGUGUAAGUGAAGAGGGGAAGUCUGUGAGAAUAGAUUGAGUGUAACAUAGACUGACAGGGAAUGAACUGUGCGUGGGCAACAGACUGAUAUAAUUGUCAAUGAGUGUGCAGUUUAGUAUGUUGUGUGAUUAAAACUUCAUAGCCUGGCAUAGGGCACCGCUUGUUAGCGACUAAAUGGGAUUGGUAUGCCCAGGGUACAGUAUGCUUGUAAAGCGUGUGAAUGAGACUGGCAUUGGGGGCUAAGUAUGUAAGGUGUGUGAAUGAGACUAACAUUGGGGGGCACAGUACACAAGGUGAGUAAAUGAGUGGCAUUCCUUGGCAUAGUGGUACAGUAUGUUAAUAAGCUGUGUAAAUGAGACUGCAUCCCUUGGCAUGGGGGCACAAUAUAUAAAUAAGAUGUGUGUUCAGUAAACUGUACGAUUUGGAUUGUCAUCCCCUGGCAUGAGGGAACACUUUCCUAAAAAUUAGCAUAACAAGAUGUCACCCCAUAGCCUGUGAGGCACGGUGUGUUUAGUAAGAUGUGUUAAUGAGGUUGCUCCCCUGGCAUGGGGCACAGUGUCUUAGCAAGGUGUGUGUGUGAAUAAGACUGGCAUCUCCUGUUAUAUAGUGCCAACAGAGAGAGUACAGGCUCAUUCUGUCACUGUCUUCAUCCAUCUGUAUCCUGGCCCUUCACUCAUAGCCUCCCCCACCAAGUCAGAGUGCACUCUGCGCCCCCUCACUGCCCCUCACUCAUCCCAUUACAACACCCACUCACUGCCCCCCUCCCAGUCAGACUCCACUCAGCGCCCUACUCACAUCCCCUCAGUACAGACUGUACUCAGCCCCUGAGUCUGUGGAUGAUUCUAUAGAGCGACUGUAUUAUUAUUAGUUAAUAAAACACUGUCUAUUGUUCUAAAAAAUACAUGUUUUGUGUACAUAUAAAUGCACAAUAGGGUAUAAAGAUAAGUGGCUCAAUAGUAAACUAUUAAUCUGGAUCUCUGACCGUUAAAUGAAUCCUGAUUUAUAAGCCAAAGAAAUAUUCUGUUAGAUUCCUUCCAUUUUCUUUGUUUCUCUGGUAACAGUGCAAGUUUUAUGCUACUACCUUAAAACAUUCUGCUUGCGCUUGGGACCUCUCCCACCACUUCCUUUAAUAAUUAUUUCGGCAGGUGGGCUUGCCUUUAAUAUUAUGCCUCAAACCUUACUUGCUCCAUGCUUUGGUCCCCGACCACAAAUAUCUAAAAAUUUCCACUAGCCAUUGCCAAGUGAAGAUAUAGCCCCUGUGAGUAGAAUUUCACUCCCGGUUUCUAAGCUAUUCUUAAAACACUUCUAAGGCUAUUCCAGUGAUUAAUAAAAUUCAUAUUCUACUUUUUAGUUCCUACCUGAAGCUAUCCACAUGUCCCCUUCUAAGUAUUGUGCUACUUUCCGUAUGAUUAAUAAUGUAAUGUUUGUUCCCAGAUACCAAAAACCUGUGAGAACUUUAUCAAACUCUGUAAAAAGAAUUACUACGACGGUACUAUUUUUCACCGUUCCAUCCGUAACUUCAUGGUAAGUAUCAGCAAUGUUAGAUUUUGGUGUCAUAGUUUCACACUCUAGAGUAGUGUGUGAUUGGCUACUGGAAGACCUGUUGCCUAGUUUUGAAACUGUCUAGUGAUCAUAAUUAUUUUGGUGCUUUUAGAUCCAAGGAGGGGACCCAACUGGGACUGGAACAGGUAAGCUGCAGCAAUUACACUGCUUACUUGGAAAAUAAAAUAUAUAAAUAUAUACUGUUAGAGGAAAAUGUAUGUACUCUGUAUCUGUAUCUUUUUUCCCUGUGGUUUAGCACAACUGUAGUGUAGUUCUUACAACUCUCUCUAAAGUCUGUCAAGCUUGGAUUAUCAGGAAUUACAUUUGCUGUGACAAGUAAAUCUAGGGCCAAAGUUCUCACAGUAGAGCAAUCACUGUGAAAACCAACAGAAUGUUACUGCUGAUUGCUUCACUUUUAGAAUGUUGCAGCACAAUUUUUCUUUAUAUAUAACCCCUAUGUCUAGCAUGAACAGGCCAUUAUCGUACUGGAUUUAAUGCAGCUUGCCAGCACACAUUUUCUGUAAAGGUUAAUGGCACAAUCUGAUUGCCCCAAUAAUAGGGGAAGUUGUCUGAUAGAGUGAGCUGGGCUUUAUAUUAUGAGAUAAGUAUUGCCUAUUAUUUUUGGCCUUUGCCAUCUGUAGUACCUGUGGUAGUACUUGUGGUGCAAUUUGGUCUUCAUUGAGGCCAAAAACACAAUGUCAGAUGAUGACCUGUUUUGUGUCCUAUUGCUAAAGCUAACAAAUAGCUUCCUUUGUGAUGCCUCAGUUGUAGUUGCUUGUCUUAAUGCCAAGUUGGUUGUCUUGAGCCCAGUUGCCACAUGGACUUUGUGACUGAAGUCCUAGUUGGCUGACUUCAUCCAGGGCAAUGUUAUUUUUGGCACAUGUUUGGAUGCUGUUAUCUUCUUAAUGAUUGGUAUGAGUGCCUGUCUUCCACAUGACUAGAAGGCUCUCUGGGUUGCUUUCAGAACUUUGGAAAGUCUCAGUCCUGUUCUAAGACCUCUGCUCACUCGGAGUCGUCUAGUGUACCAAGGCCCCGUGGAAGAAAGAAGAAAAGUUAUUCAAUCUAUGCAUGCUUAGGUCAUUCUGAUAACUUGAUAUAAGGCAGCUACUUGAUUGUCCUUGCAUACACUUUCAAAAUGUCAUCACUAAAUGUUUUUGCAGGUAUUUUUUUACUGUGGCAGUGUUAAAUUAAUGGGUUAGCUCCAGUCUGAAGUGUCCCUUUUAAACAUUAUGCUCUAUGUAUGCGUGUGUGGUCUUUUUUUCUUUUGUUUGUUUUUUUAUUUUUAUAACCAUAAAACUGUUAUAGCUAAUGUGAUUUACACUGAAUCCAUUUUCCUCACUCCCAUUCCUCAUUUGUCCUUUCUUCAUUCAGGAGGUGAAUCGUUCUGGGGGAAGCCCUUUAAAGAUGAAAUCAAACCAAACUUGUCUCACACAGGAAGAGGCGUUCUUAGUAUGGCCAACAGUGGACCUAAUACUAACAAAUCCCAGUUGUAAGUAACCAGCCAGUCUCAAGAGUAUCUUUAUUUUUUUUUAUUUUUUUCAUCCAUGUAUACAUGCAGAUAGAAUGAAUAUAUAUAUUUCUAUGAAAAUCUUGCUAUAAUUGGGUACUGGUAUACCUUUUGUUACUUUUUUCCAUAGCCAAGGAGUUCAAUUUAAUUGUUUCUUCUAUUUUUAUUGUAGCUUCAUUACAUUCCGUUCUUGUACAUACCUAGACAAGAAGCACACAGUGUUUGGUAGGUAAGUACAUUUUGUCAUAAAUGGCAGAUAUGGUAUUAACCAGAAUCUUCUUGCCUUUUCCCACAAUGUUUAUUUGCCUUUUGCAGAGUGGUUGGUGGAUUUGAGACCCUGACAGCCAUGGAGAACAUUGACACUGAUCACAAAACAGACCGACCUAAGGUAGAAAAAAUUGCACAUGGCAAUAAAACAAAAAAAUGACAUUAGGUCUGGUUUUCUAACAGGCAGUGUGUGGGUUUUUAAAUUUACACUUUACUGGCUUACUGAUAAAAUAAAUAUAUACCUUUUUUUUUUUGUUUUUUGUUUUUUUGUAAGUGAAGGGGAGGGGUGGGGAGGAGGGGUUCUGGUUUGGUGCACCACUUCUGUGGUGAGUGUGACCUUGGAAGUGGUCGGAGGUUAAAGUGGCAUUGUCACAGUUUGGGGACUUUACCUAAUUCUCAACAUUCCCCAACAGUGACAUCGCCUCUGGAUGUCCAGUGGCUGAGGAGGACAGAUAAAAGGGGAAUUUACUUGCCAAUUGCAGGUCCUCCUCGGUGCGGACAUCACUGCCGUACUAUUGCACAUGCACACAGCAUUGCUAUCUAUAGAGGAUCCCGUGAGGAUCACACUAAUAAACUACAAAUGGCAAACUUUAAAAAGGGUUUAAUGAUGAAAAGAAGGCAUCAGGGGUCUCCAGACACUAUAACAACGUUACUGAAAUGAAACCAUACAAUGGGCAUAAAGAAAGGAAAACUUAAAUAAAACCAGGAACCUGCUCCUUUAAGGUACCAUUACUACUUAGGGAUACGCAUUAAUUAACCUUUUUAGUAGGUUAGCAGUUUUAGUAGUAAUGGUAAUUGUUAUCCAAAUAUUUACAUUAGCAAUUUUUGAUAAAGCAAUGUUUUGGCUACAAAAGUAAUUACGUUUGAUUUCUUAUUACUUAGAAGCUCUGAUACAUAAAAAUACCUGAAGUGUCAUAGGGUGCAUGUUGUAGCUGUGUUUCUUUUUUUUCUAUUUGCACAAUUAAAUUCCUCUAUCAUUGCUCAAUAGCCAUUGACAUAAAUUCCCUUACCGUUUAAGGAUCAUAUACCAAAAUGAACAACAUUCCUCACUUUAAAGUCCAGAUUAUUAUUAAAACCUAUAUCAUCUGUUUUAAACGGAUUAAUAUGAUCUGGUUCUCUAUAGAAUCAAGAUUUCUAAAACACUUAGUAUAUUCUAGUUUGCUCUUCUUUUGUCUUUUAGGAAGACAUUAAGAUCGAAAGUUGUACAGUGUUUGUGGAUCCAUAUGAGGAGGCUGAUAUUCAGGUAAUAUUAUCUCGUAUUUACAUAGAUCCCUUUUAUGUAUGUAAACAUUCGUGUGGGGGGGAUGGGAGGGGGGUGUUUAUGUUGUUGUUGUGCAGGUCUAUGGCUGACAUAAGAGAAUUAUAUAGAUAGAUGACCACACUUGGGUGGGUGGACAUUAUUAUAUUAGGUAUAUUAUACAAAUGGUAUUUUAGCCUGUGGUACUGCAACCAGGCUAAUUCAAUAUGUUUUGGGUUUUUUUUUGUUGUUUUUUUAUUUAUUUAUUUUUUUAUUUUUAUUUUUUAUGCUAAGACAGGUAUAAUGUGUUUAAGCUGAUUUAUGUACAGUGAAAACAUAGUCACAAUUCAGACCAGCUCUACGUGAUUAUGGUUGAUUGCCUUCUAACUUCUCCUCUUCCAAUGAUGUUAGGUGGCUUCAGAGCGUGAGAAGGCCAAGAAAGAAGAGGAAGAAGCACAAAUCAAGGCAAAGGCUGUAUUGCCAAAAAAGGAGCAGAACCAGCCGCCCAAAACGUACCGAGAGGGCAUUGGGAAAUACAUUAACAUGGUAGCAAUGUAAGUACAGCCAGAUGGUGGCAUUGUCUGAUGUUAAUGUCUUCAAUAUCCGAUUACCAGGCAUGUAAUUUUCCAAUACUAGUUUAUUUCUUUUCCUGUAAUACUCGUAUAUUUGCGGAGACCCGAGGCAGGAAAUUGUUUACCUCUGAUCUGGUUUUAGACCUCUAUAAACGGCUUACACUUGGAGAUCUAGUAGCACGAUUUAAAUCUAAAAGCAAGGUUAUAUCUGCUGUCAUUUUAAGGACCUGUAGCAGUUUUAGAUGUGUGUUCAUUUUUAAAGUGUGUACCUUCCUGGUGGAUAAAACUGAAGCUUUGUCAGUGCUUUUUGAGAAUAAUGGACCGUGACAAUCAAUAAUAACCUUCACGGAGAUAUCAUUUUCCAGUGGGUUAGUUUUGUGCAUCUCUUUGACACUGUGUGGAACAUAGGAAUUCUAAGGCACCUGCAGACCUCACAGCAUGGAAAAUGUAUUCAACUCCUAUUGGUUUGAAGUCUGGAAACGGGAGUUACCAUUUUCUUUAAGUCUUGCUUUCUGUUUUCACAAACAGAACUUACAGUGGUGUGGCCAUUUUAGAAACGGUGUAAACUGGAUGGUAGAACCGCCCAGCAGUUGAAAUACUACUCCUAAAGGCUGCCUGAGCUCCAUGGGAGCUGUUUUCCUGCAAUAACUGGGGAUCCAUUGUACAAUUAGCCUCCCUUCUUAGCAGUUCAGGUAUUUUGUGCACUGUUUAAUUCAAUCCACAUAUGCAACGUAAAUAAUUUAUGGUAUAAAACCAUGUGGUCUAGUGCACUGUCCUGAGGGGAAUUCCUAAAACUUCAGCUUUUUAAACCAGGUGCUGCAUGACUUGUUCCCUUCUAAACCCUUACAAAAGCCAAAUGGUUAUUAAAGUAGAUGUUACAGAGCAAAGUUCAUUGAUUUUUGCUGGGAGGAUGAUUUGACCUAUGAGUCUGAAGAUGGUAGUCCUGAUCUUUAAUUUAUGUUCCAGGGGCAGUUUGGAUAUUGCUGCAUUUAUUGUUCAUACUCUCUUGCUAAAAUACCAGUUCUUCUGCCUUUUGUAACAAGUGUAAAGGGUCAUGUUGUGUUUUUUUUUUUUUUCGUUUUACCUUUUACACUAAGUAGUGUUAUACACAUUAUCGAAACGAUUGUGCUUCUCCAGGACUUGCUUGCUUUUGCUGCUGUAACCCUAGCUACUCAUACAAGAAGAUUCCCAGCUGUGGUCAUGAUCCCCGGGAGGGUGACUGAAACCAUAAUCUUUUAUGAUAACUGGCACUGUUAGCGUAACUGUUAAACACCUGCUGAAGACUUCUGGUAACAGACUUGUAAUCACGUAUUAAAGACUUUAAUGGCACAAGCGUCAUUACAUUCUCUCCUGGCUUAACAGAUAUAACCUGUAUAAUCUGCAUAUCUCAAUGAAAACACAUACAAGGGCAAUGCAUAUUGUAAGAAAACAUUACAGGUUGGGGGAAAAAACACAAAGGCUUCUCCUUUGGUUAGUAACUAAUCGGAUCUCAAAUAUACAGAGGGAACUUAUCCAGGGGCUUUUGCCAAGCCCCCACAAUGUUCUACUUGAUUAUAGUUUUUUGUUUUUUUCCCUCAAUUUGUAAAAAUUACAAAGUCAAUGGAAUCAACAGGUAGAGACCUUCGAGGUCCAUGGUGAAUUUUUUUAUUCUCCCUCCCCCACACUCCCCCAUUCUUUUCUACUUCAUUUGUUGUUUUCUUUUGUUUUAGAAUUCUAAAUCAAUUUUCUCCAAGUAACCAUUAUUUUAAAUUUUGCCCUCUGCAGGAAACGUUCUGCUGAAGAUGAUACAGCUGCAUCUACCAGCAAAAAGGAGAAAGUCACUCGUGGCUUUGGUGAUUUCAGUUCUUGGUAGAGGGAUAUCAAACUUGUAUUUCUUGUGGGUCUCCAUGCCGCUUCUUCUAUGGAAAGUCAGGACAGAUUUGCAGGCUGGUGACAUACAAUAUGAGGACUUUCUUCAGUGGGUGGUUUGAGUUCAACAGUUGAGUGCUGUUGUGUGUCAAGGUAGAUUGACCACUGAGUGUGUAGUUCUGUGUGUUUUUUUUUUUUUUAUAUUCUACAUUGCUCAUCUUACACUCAAUAUUUUAAGCACACUUGGGCUGGUGAACCUCAGAAAUGACUGCCAAAAUAUCCAGGUUGUUUAUAUAUUUGAAUAACAGAAUAUUUUAUUAUUCACAAUCCACUGUUCAAUGAACAUUUUCCAAUGCAUUGCUUAAAUGGAACCUAGGAUGACCUUUCGGCUCUUUGUUUUACCUACAAUCUGAUGCAUUUCCAAUCCUUUCCUCUGGGCUUCUACAUAAUGAGUUCUGUAUUGUUGUCACCAUGUUUCUUAUUUAUUGUCUUCUCUGCACCAUUUUAAUGCUGCAAUGUUGGCACUGAAAUAAGCCAUUCCUAUGUAUCUAGGGAACUUAUCAGGGAUUUGCUAGUUCAGGUAUUUAAAUCAUAGUUGGUCUAUUAAUAGGUUUUACUUGCCAUAAAUAAAUGUACUCCAACACAUCGUCGUCUUACAAGGUGUUGUGCUUGGAAACCAUACGCUCUUGUCUGAAUACAGCAGAUACAUUACCCAGUGGAAGGCAUAUGAUCACAGAAAGAAUACACACAGGAAGUUUGUCAAUUUUCAUUUGGGCAGCAAUUUCCUCAGAAUGUUUAGAACGCCACGAGUGCAAGCUAAAAGGACCGAUUGAAAUAUGAGCAUGUAAAAUGUAAAUUUUGUUUAUGCAUCUGCCUUUAAAAGGAACAACUAUCAAAAAGGUUGGGUGAAUUCUGCCAUAAAAAAUGGACCAAAAGAUAAAACUGUAUGUUUUGUAUUGUACAGGCAGAAUUUCUAGACAUAAGACACAUAAUAUACAAACCAUGUUAUAGAGUAGAUUACAAACUGGGGGAUAAAAUGUGUGUGUAUAUAUAUGUGUGUGUGUGUGUGUGUAUAUGUGUAUGUAAAAGCGGUCCUUAAGGACCACGUUCGUACCUUAUUACUUACCCGUUCCCCUGCCGGCAAUCUGUGUUGCUCCCGGUCUAGGGGGACUGCCUGACAGCCCAUACAGUCCUGCCUCGGCAAAUUAGGCCUGAAAGAGCGGUCACAUUGCCGCAAUAGCCGUCCAUAUAUAUUCAUACUAAAUGUAUUUUUAUAUAAAUAUAUAUAUUAAUAAAAAAA